UCUCUGCCUGGGUUGGUGUAGUCUGAGGGAUGGGGGGUUAGAGGCUGCACCGUCCAACUACCUGUGUGGCCCCCGCAUGGAGGACAGUGGACAGUGAUGCGUUUGGUGCAGGACAUUUUAUCCGAGACGCCAAUGUCUCCUCAGCGUUUUAUCGGACAUGCCAACGUUACGACAUUUUGACAACAUAAACCAAGGUAAUUUUUCAAAGUGUGGAUAUUUAUGCAGAAUAUUGUACAAAAAAAAGGUGCGUUUUAUGAAAAGAAAUGUGACUUUGCAAUACAUUCACAUCAUGAAACCCGAAAAUUGCGUUUCCCGACUUUCCAGGACUCACUUUUAAUUAGUUUAUUUGAGCCCACGCGCAAUUAAGUUAGAAAAAAAUAAAGGAAAAUAAACGCGUUAAUGCAAACGGCUUUAAAACUCUACUCGCAUACUGUUUUACACAAUUAUAUCGGUUUCGUGCCUGAAAGUUGACUUUUACGAUGUUUUAAAUGGACUGUUGCUGUAGGAAGUCCAGACAAUGCAAUCAGACAGCCACGUGCUCUCAAAGUUUGUGUCGCCUCAUGCACGCACACUGAUAAAACAGGACGGCACAGAGUUAGACUCGUACAUUGUUAGUUUUAAACAGCUUGUUGUAAUACCUUUGUGCUCAUUUUGUGCGUGUUCUCUUUAAAUGUUCUUGUUUUAUUUACAUUAUGACAGAAAGACAAACCCUCACGAGCUUAACACCUCGCAUAUUGGGUAUUAUUUUUUGAAUGCGCGAGUCAGUUUGUUUUACGCAAAUGCAGCUUGAAAAUCGGCUAAUUUUUAAAUAUUUUUUGGAUUAUUUUUACUUUUUUGUUAGUGGUAGGAGGACAUGAUAUGCGUAAUAGGAGGAGGAGUGGAAGUUGGGACGCAACGGGGCUCUUGUGUUGUUUGUCGGAAUAAAACAUGAUGACAGUCCUGUUCUUGCUUACCUGGAGCACAAUUUGAGCAGAUUUGACAAAGAUGGUGUCUUCCUCCAUCUGUGUCUCCUUGUCAUCUAGGCAUUGCAUGUGCCAACUUUUUUCUGUGAAUAUGCCUUUGUGAGAAACUCUCUGGCUCGUCACCCUCGCCGGGAUUCCCCGCAAUAUUUUCAACAAGAGACGAGGAACAAGAAAGAUCAGCCAAAAAUGGACAGAGAAGGUGCUGGGCUUCAGUACGAGCCUGUGGCCGAGAUUGGGGAAGGCGCUUAUGGGAAAGUGUACAAGGCGAGAGAUUUGAAGAACGGGGGACGCUUUGUAGCCCUAAAACGAGUUCGAGUCCAGACGGAGGAAGAGGGGAUGCCUCUCUCAACCAUCCGGGAGGUGGCGGUACUGAGGCAGCUUGAGGCCUUCGAGCACCCCAAUGUUGUCAGGUAAGUGAGGGGGAGAGGUGGACAAACCUGUGUUUGUGUGUGUGAGUGUUUGUUUUCCUUUUUGUGUAUGUUUAAGAGGGAGGAAGAGGGGGCAGAUUGGCAGUACCUUUUGUACAAGACAAAGACAUGCAACUUCCCUUUUGAUGUUCUGUGGUGGCAACCUAGCUGCCUUAUUUGACCUUUAGUUUGAGGCUUCACUCAUACUUGUCCAUUUCAUGUUGCAGAAACCUUGACUUGUUUUCUGUAGGUUGCAUAAGUAAGCCAGCUGCUCCAGCUGUUGAGAGCUGCACACCUGUCAAAUCAUAACUGCAUGCAUUAUCAGUGCUCUCCUGUCAUUGGUCCACUCUGAUCACACUCAUCCCACCAUUCACUUCUCUUUAAGAACUAUAUCUCCACCCACUCCUCCUCUGCAGAACAGGAAGCGGUGUUUAUAUAUAUAUUUUCUAUUUCAAAUGCUUGCUUGGCACAUGCGCAUGCUGGUAAAAAAAAAACAGAGCUCUGAAUUUGAUCAGCUCGGCGCUAAAGUUUGAUUUGACUGCAAGCAUUUGGACAGGUGAAUCAUUACCUGUAACAUUUACAUUGAAAUGAUAACGCCAUUAUCAUCUCACAUACACUGAUCUAUUAAGAUAAAAUGAUUAUAUAUCUGAUAACAUAGCCAAAAUGUCUGCAAGUACACUUUCUAAAGCCCAGGAUGUUUUCUUUAUGGGGCUGCGAAUAAGAAGUUUCACUAAUCUGCAAAUUAUUAACAUGCGUAAGUCACUAUUUUCUGCCACAAACAGUAAAGAAACAGGAAUAAUAGAAUUUCUUUAUAUAAAAGAUGAAAAACACAAAACUUUUUGGUCAAUAAUCAUCCAAUAAAAAGUUCCUGCAUGUCCAUUGACCAAAAAAUUUGGUGCUCAUUUAAUGACAUGGUUUUUGAGAAGUGUGCGUAACACAACAACCAAAUAAGUUGCUGUAUAUAUUAUGAUUUUUCAACCAUAUUAUUCAUUAUUUGAAUAACUGAUCACAUAAAAAAAAACUACUUAAACUUUAAAUGAUGCAUCUGUUUCCUAAGACAUGUUCAGAAUAGUGGAAUGAAUCAGUUAAAAUUGCGAGCUUACUCUUUCACCAUUUUAAUUGCUCAAAUACUGGGGCAGUGUUUUGUCACCCAGCUUUAAAAUUCUGAUAUUGUUAAAUAAGUUCAAAUCAUCUUUUCCCCAAAUAAAUUACUAACUACUGUAUAAAAUGGGACACAAAUGAAAACUCAAAGAACCAACACGGCAGCUGAUUUGAAAAUUUUGUCUUUGAGAAACCAGAAUAGUUUAAUGGAUUUGUUCUUUUCCCACAUAUAACACCGUAAAAGUCUUUUUUUUUUUUCACUUAUUUCAUAUAUUGAAAGGAUCAUAAAUAAUAUCAAAUCUUAACUUUUUCUCUUCUAUUUUACCCACUGACAUCCCAUCCACUGCUUUUAAGUGACCUUCAAAUCAAGAAAUUGAUCCAUAAUGCUCUUCAGAGGGCGGUAGUUAUGAAUUUUUAUAUUCAAAUUAGUUUUGCUGCAAAAUAACCAAUGUAGUUUAAAUUCCAUGAUGGCAAUUUUUAAAUCCUGGGAAACACUCCCAGCUAAAAAGAGUAGCAGUUUGGACACAUUUGAUGCAUAGUAAAUCAUUGUUGGUCCGUUAUGGCUGCAUUUGUACAAUACUUCCCAUGAAUACUCAGUUGUACUGUUGAGGUGCCCUUGAGCAAAAACACAGUCACUUUCCCAGCUUGGGUACUGUAAGUCAAACUGGAUUUACAGAAAGUCCUCGAGUCAGAAUCAAACCCGUUUUGAAGCAUUUGUCCUCUCUGUUGUGCAUGUGGAGGCCAUUUUCUUUCACUUCUGUAAUGAAUUGUUCCCUCAGAGGUCAGCAGUCAGAAUCUACGUCAAGUGUUGGCACAAGCCGAGGUCUGACCUUGGUGCCGGUUUUAUUAUGGAAUAUUUAGAGCUUUGGGAUUGGAGAGGAAGCUCUAAAUGGACGUUUCAGAGGCAAAGCUAGAGCCCAUGUGCCUCUGACAAUAAAUCCCCAGCGAAUGAAGGAAUAAUGUAGGAUAAUGGUUUUCUCUGAAUGGAGUCACAAUGAGGUUUGUUCUCACUGAAAGAAAGAAAUGUGUCAGCUGGUACAAAAAGUACCUAAAGCCAUUUUUAUGUCUUUAUUUUAGCAGAGGAACUACUCUCUUGUAGUUCAGCUAAGCACUAGCUAUAGCCUAGCCACUCAACCCACCACCAGGAAGGGUGCAUUGUGGGCCUUCUGUGUGACUCCAGGCAAACCCUGGAUGUUUGUAAUGAGGCCCAUUAUUCAUUCCAUAUGUUCAGUGUCUGCUGAGAGCCCCCAUUGUAGCCCGACAAUCGAGCUGUGAGGGGCGUUUAACCCUAGCUCUUGGAGAGGAGGGCGCCGUCUAUGCUGUGACAUCAUGAACAGUACUAAUACCGUGAAUGAAUUGCGGCUCACACACCGCACUAACUCCAGGGUUUCCAAGUCCAGCGAUUAGAGGGGUGCUGGCACAGACAUACUACGCCUUAGCUGGAUUUAAAUGAAAGUGUUUCUGGUCAGUCAUUUCUUACCCUGUGUGCGUUUUGAUUCUCUUAUGGAGAUAAGCGAGCCUUAGGAUAGAUGCAUAUGUGUUAGCAGCAGCAUGACACAUGUGCUUUAAAAUUUUAAUCAAGGAAAAUUUGAAGCAAUAAUCAUUGAAGCUCCUCUUUUGGAUGUCAAAACUUGUUGUAAAUCCAUGAGCCAAGUUAGGUUACAGCUGAUGCAAAGCAGACCAUCAUGAACUUGCCAUGACAUGAAUUGAAAGAUUAUCCAUAUUGGUUUUAUGGCCUAUAAGCUCCAGGUAGAGUUCAUAUUUAUCGGUAGGUCAUAAAUGCAACAUAAACGUAGGAAUGUUUUAGUUAUGGGAUGCAGAAUCUUCCUUUGUACGCUCACUCAAGGGGUUAUGUUUACCACUUUACUGAUGAUGAUGAUGAUAAUGGAUGAAUACUAAAUAGUUAUCUUUUACCUUUACACAUAUUUAUCUGGUGGAGAUCCUUAAUGGCUGCAUUGUCUCCUGUGAUGGUAAAGAUGCUGCCUCCGCCUCUGCAGCAGCUAUGUGCAGGGUCCACUUGACUUCCCAGAGAGCAUCAGGAGUUGUCAUAGUGCUGCUGGAGGAAUGCUGCUUGUGGUCCCCAGCUCUUUGAAGAGGACAUUCUGGAAAGCUUUUUUCAGCUUUUCACCAAAGCCAGCUUUGGCAGGUCUGCUGACAUAAUCUGGAUUCUUGGCCUUAGUUUGUUGCCUAGUGAAACACAGCCAUAAGCGCCUGUUUUUUUUGUGAGGGUUGAUAGUCCAGAAUCCUCAGAAGCUUUUAAUUAAAGUAGUGUAUCUAUAGGGAUAUAAUUUCAUUACAUUAUUGUUCUCAACUUUAACAAUGUUCAUUAUUGUCAUGAGUGUAUGUGAAUAUACAUAUUUGGGAGUCUUGGUGCAAGUUUUAAAGCAUGAGAUGUAUGAUUGAGAGUGUUGAUGUUCAUGCUGACCAAUCACAAACUAGAUGGGGCAGGACUUGUCACCAAGGUAACCAGUUGAUAGUCAGAGGACAGAGACAGAGAUGCUCAAUUUUGGGCCAGUUUUUGUGCAUUAAAGUUGAAAUAUCGGGAUCACUAAAGCAUUAUUCAUUAUCAUAUUAUUCAUCAUCCUAGUUUGAAGUUAGUCAGUUUUAGAAUAAAACCUACUCAUCAGUUAUUUACAUUAGGUCAGUGUCACCAGAUGCUCCAAAUAGUCUUGGUGUUGUUUGAAAUUAAAAUGGUUCAUGUCCAAUAAAAAAUAAGUGUUCUUGGAGUCCCAGACAUGUCUAAAUAACUCUUUUUUGAGCUGUGAUUGCAGUACUUUAUUACCAGGAAACUGUAAUGCUUUUGCCGCUUACAGAUAUCAAACCUGCAGAAUCUCAUACCGACCCAUGCAAAGUCAGUUUUCAUAUCCCAUUGUCAACUACACAGGUGUACCUACAAGACCUAUUACAAGUGCUUAUGUACAAUCACAUAAUCCUUUAACUUGAAAUGUCUUUGACUUACAGAGUGAAAUUACCCAUGUGUAAAACACAAGUAGUGAAUUGAUUUUCAAAGUUUUUGUGAAUGCAGUCAAAACUGUUAUUAACUCUGAAAAGAGAGAAUGGUUUAGGACACAGGUACUUUUUCCACCGCCAAGACUAUGACUGUGCUUAUGAGAUAAUGCAACUGCAUUAGUUCUGUACUCGGUCUUGGCUGUCACGGGCAGAUUCUUUGUUGUAGCUGGCUCAGCACAGUGAACCAACAUGAAAUCAAUGAUAUUGAUCUCCUCCCCCUGUUUCUCUGGUUUUAGGUUGUUUGAUGUGUGCACAGUGUCUCGGACUGACCGAGAAACCAAACUCACUCUGGUCUUCGAGCACGUGGACCAGGACCUGACUACCUACCUGGAGAAGGCCCCUGAUCCCGGUGUACCACCUGAGACCAUCAAGGUAACCACUGAUAGUUUUGUAGAAUUAAAGUGCAGGACAAAUGCUGUUUGAUGCACACUGACACACUGUGAAAUCUGGUAAGAAUACUUUUCAUAGGGGCGUCAGUUUGGCCUGGUGGUCAGGUCAUUUUACAACCCCAGGCAGCAGUCCCUGGUUGGACAGCCCAAACUGCAGCCCCUUUCCCACAUGUGACUCCCCACUCUCUCUCCAUUUUCUUGCUCCAUCUGCUAUCCUAUCAUCUCCAGAUAAAGACACAAAGCAUGAAAAUAAACUUUAGAGGAUGCUUUAAUUACAAAAGUUUUCCAAAACAAAAGAAAAAAAGGACCAGAAGUUGCUGCUCUGUUGCUUGCAGUUUCUAUUCCAAAUUUAAAGGAAGCUAUUUGCUAAUCCUCCGUGGUUGAACAUCGCAUGACCACAGCUGUGUCUGUGCGAUUCCUAAGUGAGUUUUCUUGGCCCGAGACUCAGGACAGAGUAAAGAUCCCUCAAACAUCAGAGGUAUCAGAGCUCUCUGGAGGGCAGCACAUGUGGCAGAUGGGCUCUAAAUUAGAGGCUUCCCGCCUUCUCUAUUUUCACUCUGCGCUUUUCUCUCCAAGUCCACUCUGUAUUAACAGAUGGAGACAAGAAAGAAGUGUCUCUGCAUGAAAAACAAGUCUAAAGAAUCUACUUAAAGACACUCAUAAUACCAAUUUAUCCAAUCCAUGAAAUAAACUUGAGUGUUCAUUUCCACUUUGCCAAAAGGUCGGAAAUGGAUGUGUCACCAGUCCUUUCCUUUUUUUUAUUGAAAUCUUUCCCACACUCAAUGCUUUUCAAAAUCUCUCUAUCGAGUUUCACCCCAAGGUCUGUGAAUGUAUUGUAGACAGUAUUGGAAAGGGAAAUCUCUAUUUUUGGACCGAGGGGCCUCACAGUUUAGAGUGUCAUAUUUGAAACAGAGAAGUUUUGGAAGCUACAGUAACGGCUGCUUUUCAACCCCAGGGCUGGGUUUAUGUGUGAAAGAUUUGUGUGGAGCUGUAAAGUUGGAGGGAUGCUGUGCAAGCGUAGACGAGUCAGGUAGAUCGCACCUGAGGCUUUCCCAGGGUUUUCACUGAAGCUGAUACAGUGUGUGGGACAGUAGUUUCUGUGGGUGUCUUACCUGCUGGAUGAUUAUGGUCAUCAUGUGUGCAGGCUCCAUGCAUUUUACAACCAAUGUUAACACAGGAUUUGAACAAUUACACAUAAUUUCAAAGACAUGAUGUAAUUGUUUUAGGGCUGUAAUCAAAUUGUUGGUCGACUAAAACCCUGAAAUUUUGGAGUGAAAAUCAACUAAAGGGUGGAGUGAAAACAAACUGAUAUCAGUGCAAGAAGGCAAUUAAACACAAAAGGCUAAAAUAUAAAUAUUCAGCAAACCACUGGACAUUGAUUAACGUGGACGCUCUUCAAUCUUCCUGUCUCAAACCGGUCUUAAUUGGGUUGGGGGAAUCCUGAAUCGUAAAAACAAGGGGGGUGUUCUGAGACAGGCUGUUACCUGUGAGACAGGCGCGCUUUGAAAUCACCCCCAUUGGCACUUGGAACGUUCCUCCUGAUAAAAUUAACCAUAGACUGUAAAUUGACACGGAAAAAAAUGAAGUCAACAAAUCAGAAUUUUGGCUUACUCAGCACGUAUUGACCAAUAAGUCGACCAGUAGAGUAGGAUUUUACAGCCCUAAAUUGUUGAGAUAGUAAUAAUCGUUUAAUUGUCCGAGCUCAUACUCUAAAAUUAAAAGAUGAAGUCGUUAAAAGAUAAUUAACAGUCAAAUUAAUGUCUUUCUUCAUUUGCACAAGAAGCCCAAUAUUUCACACUAUGCAACUUAUUCAUGAAAUAACUAACCGCUGUUGUUUUGCUCGACAUGCCAGUGUUCACAUGCAUUCCCAACUCCUGCCACUGCAUCAUUUUACAGUGUUAUGAUCAGUUACACAAAAAAGUAAAAAUGUCAGCCCAACAAAACUUAAAGUGAAAACAACUUCUGCUGUAUGUCAAAGCAGACAAAAGAGGAUAUAGAUAACUUGAACUGAAACCACAAUAAUAUUCCCAUAAAACCAAGUGCCUUUUGACCCAAUGACUAAUUUUUUAAUAACACAAGUCUGCGUUAUGAUCCAACUGAGUGCAGCUCUCUCUUUACUAUUGCCUACUGUUUUUGCUCAUGGAGCAUGGAGGUGUGUCCUCUGCUGCCUCGCAGGUGAGCCUGCAGGUUCGUAGUUAUUGGUGAGUGAAAUAGCAGCUUUGUACAAAAUUGACAUACAGCCCAUCUUUGUCACAAACUUGCCAUCUGUAGUGAAGAAACAAAAUUCUUCCACGAGAUGUUUUUUUUUUUUUUUUUAGUCUAUUACUGUUCACAAGGGACGGCUUUGAUUGCAUCAUACAUCCUUCAUUUCUGCAGAAAAUAUUAUUGCGUUAGACUGAGGUUAAGAGUGCCCUGCAAUAGUCAGGUGACAGUGAGAAAGCCCUCUGCUGGAUCAAACAGGAAGCCACUUGGGACUGAAUUCAAACUUUUUUCCCUCAAGUUUGAAGAAAUGCUAAGAGCACAUUCACACCUGGUGUGUUUGGUCCCCUUACUCCUUUGGUCUGGGUUGUAUGAACAUGUAAGCGAACCAUUGUCUGUGUCAAACAAACGGACUAUGGUCCUCUUGAAAAUGCCAAACUCUGUCCCCUUCCAAACGAGCCAUGGUCCGGUCCGCGGCGGGUGUGAAUGCAGCCCUGCACUGUGAUAAAGUUAGGAAAUUAUGCCCGGCCAGAGGCUGCAGCAGACAGAGAACAGAUGGACAAAACACUGAACUGUCCAUAAAACAGGAUAAAUGGCAGAGGGUUUGUGUUCUAAUAUAAUAGUCCGGGGAUAAAUAUUAAAUACCUGGGUGUUCUUCUGUUCAACAAACACUCUGAUAAUGUGUUAAAGGCAUUCCUCUGCAUUAAUUGCCGGCGUCUCCUCGCAUAACAUCUCGGCCACCUCUGGUGAAUCGUGUGAGGAGAAGACGCCUGUUUUUCUCUCUGGUCGGCUACUUUCUGUACGUUGUGGGACAAUGAAGAUUGUGCCCCAAAUGAGCAGGUGACAGGCAGUGAUUUUCCCUUGUAAUUUUCCCUUUUUUUUAACCAUUUGGUUCGCUUAGCAAAAGUCCCCUGUGAACGCUUACCAGACCAAAUGCAAAAUGCAACAAUGUAAACAUUUUUUCCCUGAUCCUGACUUUCAAAGCAGACUUUGGGUGAGAAAGGCCUCUUAAAUUAUGAAUAAAAAGCGAUAUCCAUAUUGGAGGCUAUCCCUGCACAUCUAACAUCAAGUUUUCAACCUUUUUUUGCAGAAGGUUUUGCAGUCAUUCAAACUUAGCUGCUUGGUCCCUCAGACACGGCUACACUGAUGUAGAAUAGCUUCCAUGUGUCUUGAUUAGCACGACACGCUGAGCUGGUGCACGUCAAGUGUCACUUAGGCUGAUGCAACCUAGACACGGCUCAAACUAAUAUUCUUAACCUAGCUUGAUUUUUGAGCACAAUUAAUAGUAAAAUGCAUCAUCGCAAUCAUUCAACAUAGUUGCCCCCGAGGUUAUAUUUACAGUUUAAACACCCAUCUUGUAAAAUCAAAUAUAGUCAGUCAUUCGAUUUUACUUUUAAACCGCUGAAUUAAAAAUCAUCUGGUUUGGAUCAUGUUCAAGACGAAGAAAGCAAUUUCAAGACCUCACCUCAAGCUUUAGGAAUCUUACUUUUCCCUCCCUGUCCCACAUUUCAUGGUCUCUUUUUUGGAGGUGUUCAUGGUGCGGUGCUUGGUUAUGCACACAAAAAGAGAUAAUUUGUUUGUUAAACUUCUAAACUGAGAUUUUUAUGCUGAAAGGCUGAUCCAGGAGAGUAAUCCAGAUUUUGUUUACUAGCUUCUUUUGUGUGUGUUUUCUUUAGCACACAAAGAAACAUGCCUUUGGCUUGUUGGUCUGGUUGUAUGUUUGAGAAAAUUGUUGGUUGCCCUCUUGAAUCGUGAUGUUGGAGCAGCUUAAGGGGGAAAAUGUAAAGGAAGUUGUUCCAACAAUUACAAACAAGUACUUUGUUAAGAAGCGUACCGACCCCUAUAGACCCCCUCCUCCUUCAGCUUUCUCCUAACAUCCAUAUGUCUCCAGUCUUUGGAUGAAACAAAAGGACAAAGAUGGACAGGAUGACACAGGCACCGUCUCCUGUUAUUUCUAGGACAGUGGACACUGCACAGUAACCCCCACGCACCCCCCUGCCCAACAGCUUGAUCUGCCCUCAGUCUCCCCCCUGUGAAUCUACAUGGUGGAUCCCGGUCCAGCUGUCAAACUGAAGCAUACCUGUGUCCACCAGAUUAAAUGCUCACCUAUUCAACAGCGUGAACUUUGAAUACCAAGAGAAAAAAGCGAGUCAUUCUCUCUGCCAAAGACCCUGGACUUAAGACGACAGGCAUACUUUUCCUCAAAACCAGACUCUCCUCACCCUCCCUCCACCACCCACUCCGCCGUACUCGGACUCAAGACCCACCACAUGGUCAUUGAUGAAAGAGGUCCUCCUCCAGGAAUCAAAUGAGCUGGAAGGACAUCAAGCGGCUGGCCUGCCGGGCCUCAGCGCUCCGCCGCCGCCGAGGCCAGCGCUUGGGUCUCACCCACCCUCCUCCGCCACCACCGUCCAAGCUUCCACAGCUCUAUUCUCUGGGCCCAUAAAGGGGGAGGUUAAUGAAGCAUGGGGAGGGAAUUACACUAACGCUAACCGGCAGAUGUCCCAUAUUGUGCCUGGCUACAAUAAACAAUAUGGCUGCCUCUGGUGCAUUUGCAUUAGAAAAGGAGACUCACUCAGAAAGCCAUGUUUUGACUGCAUCUCGCAGAGGGCUGACUACUUUUUUCUUGGUCCUUUCGGCUUUUUUAAGGUCAUAUCUGUUGCCCUGUUCUGUGAUUUUGUGUCUGCAUGGCCAACUUUUAGGUGGAGAUUAAAUGUUAAAGCUUUGGCUGCUAAAAAGUUCUGUGUUGGGGGGAACUAUUGCGAGGUUUCUUGCAGCAAGAAUGAACUUUUUGAGGCUGAGAAGUGGCUGAAAAAGAUUCAGAGGAGCUGCGUGAGCUUUGUCAGGGUAUUGGUUUGGCCUCCUAUCUUCACUCUGGAUUUCUCCCCCUAAAGCUGGUGAUAGCUGAUAAUUAGUCAUUUAUUUAAUUUAAAAUCAUAAAUAUUACUCUGUUGUGACAGUAAUUGAUACAGCAGAGGAGAUGACACCCAGGCCAAAGGGGGCCAAGAUUGUUUGUGUGUUUGUCCAGGAGUCACACUUCUGAGAUAAUUGGUGUUUACUAGGAAAUGCUGCUGAAAGGAAGCAUGGUGAAAUGGCUAUUUAAAGCAGAGAGGAACUGGUGGUGGUGGGGGCUGCUAUUGUGUCAGCCCCCAACCCCAUUAGAACACACACAUACACACAUGUGUGCACAAACACACACACACACACACACAAAAUAACCAACCGCCUGCCUCUGUCCUAUGGCCCUGUCUGUCUGCUGCCCUCCUCGCUGGGUCAUGGCUGGAUGGAGAUGUAAAAAGGAAGGUCUGUUUAUGCAUCCUGCCGCCCUUGGUCAAAGGGCACACACACACACACACACACACACACACACACACACACACACACACACUGAUGCACCCAUACACAAUCUGAGGUGCACAAAUAGAAGUGUAAACACACACAUCUUGCAUUAACAUCUACCCAGGGGGACAACAAGUGUAUACAAACACACAGACAGCACACACACACACACACACACACACACAUCACACCCCAUUUCAACAGCGUUGUGAGUGUGCAUGUGCAUGUGCGUGUGUGUGGCGCCCGGUCCCUUCUUCUAUGGCCAGCACAGCAGCCAGCCCUGCGCCGUUUGCUAAUGUUUUCUGCUUGAGUGUGCAGACCCCUUUGACUCACUCACCAGCUGGUCAGCCAGUGAAUAGCGCUGCGGGCUCAGGUCCAUGUCACUUGUGAGGUCUUGGCGGAGGGAGUGUGUGUGUGUUUUGGAGGGGGCUGUACUGCGCAGACUGCUACAAACCACCACCAGCAUUGCUUUAAACUUUUCACAAAUAUCUGUUUUUCUCACCACCAUGAUGGUUUUUAACUUUCUAACAAAUUAAAUGACUGGAGCGAGUUACAUUUCUACCUCAGCAGUUGAUACAGUUUUAUCUGCGAUUGAGCCUUGACCUGAAAUACCUCUCCCAGACAUGAUUUGAACCCAACAAUCCCAGCCCAAGCCCUGCCAAAACCACCUGGCCUCAGUCCCUUGUUAAUGACUUAUGUUUGUUUACAGGUGCAGGACCUGUUUGAGAGUAUUUCAGUUUGAAAAGAACAAGUCUAAGCUGGUUUCUGCAUAGUUCAGUACUGUUCACGCCGGUAUAGACGCUUCAACUCGUGUGACAGGAAGGCAGUCAGUGUUUUUGGCCGUUUCUGGGGUCAGAUUUGAGGAAUAAAAAAACACUGAAGCAGGACAGCUGCUGAGAAACAGAGGGCCAUGCUUAUACAGAGCAGGGCCUCUCUGCUCCUAUCUGUGUGUGUGUGUGUGUGUGUGUGUGUGUGUGUGUGUGUGUGUGUGUGUGUGUGUGUGUGUGUGUGUGUGUGUGUGUGUGUGUGUGUGUGUGUGUGUCAGUUAUCAAACAUCUGCUACAGUCGACAAGAAAAGUCACGGGCCUCCUCUAUUUAACUCCCCUCAUGCCACAGUGCCUCCUCUUGUCAUUCAGGCCUUUUGUUGCAGGAAGAAUUAAUUCAGCUCUUGACACAGAGAUGUGGAGUCGUGAAGCCAUCUGUCGUCAAAGUUUCUCCAACAUCAUUUUGUGAUGUUGUUUUUGGUUUAAGAAACCAUAUUCUGCUCUGUUUGCUCACUCUGACUGCCACAAGAAUCACUGUUUCAUGACACCAAUAUCCCAAAACUCAGAUUCCUCCUUUUCUAUUUUAUUGCUGUCUGUCUCUUGCUAAAAAUAAGUCCCUCUGUCUCUCUUUUUCCCCAUUUUGUCAUCCCACAGGAUAUGAUGUACCAGCUGCUCCAGGGGCUAGACUUCCUGCACUCGCACCGCGUGGUUCACCGUGACCUAAAGCCCCAGAACAUCCUGGUGACCAGCGCAGGACAGAUCAAACUGGCGGACUUCGGUCUGGCUCGAAUCUACAGCUUCCAGAUGGCGCUCACCUCUGUGGUGAGUUACAAAGUUUGUCCCUCUGAACUCAGUUUGUCUCAUCCUGAAGUUUCUUAAAGCAGAGUGACUCAAAACAAACAGAGGGAGGCCAGCUGAUGAGGAGGGAGCGAAAAAAGUGGGUCGCAGGAUGUUAAAAGUGGGUCACAGACAGAAAUAGACCUGGAUAGAGGGAUGUGACCUUAAGUUUAAGUUUGUGAUGUCAUGUAGAGCUCAGGCAGUGAUGUAAGAAGAGACCAACCCUUUUCAACCUGUAGUUUCAGGUAAACUUGAUGCCAAACUGAGAGGCGUCUUACAAACUAGAACUUUAUUAUCUUGCUCUCCGAUGUGAAAGCCAAAGCGUCAACAUAAUACUUAUAUAUUCUUUUAUCGAGAGAAAUUUGAAGUGCAACUCUCUUUUAUGUGAAGUGGUCUACCUCCAAGACGAUGACACACACAAGUAUACACAUCAACACACGGCCUUGAACUACCUUCCCAUCUCCAGAGACUUAGAUGAAUAGCGGCUGAAGUGAUGCAGCGGGCACUUAACAGGGCAUCAGCGAGCCGCUCCGCAGCGCCGGGGCCAAAUGAUAGAGUUUCUCUGUGUAAAGUGAGAGCCGAGGGCCCCCGCGGUCUGUCUCAGGAAUCCCUCCGUGGCCGCUGCAGACAGGGAUGGGACAGAUGAGUAGAGACGGACACCCCUCCCUUCCCACUGUCGGGACUUUGAUGUCCAACUGUUGAGCUGUGGGCUCUGAUGACCAGAUAAAAUAGAAAGAGAGACUGAAAGGAGUCUGUGGAGGACUUUGAAAUAGGGAGAGAUGAGACUUUUGAGAUUAAGGAAGCAGACAACAGUAGCUCGGUACCUUGUUACAAGCUUUAAUUACCAAAUUCCUGAUACUUCACAUUCACUCAGACGUCUGCAUCAGCAUCGCUGCUCAUAAAUCUGCGGAGGCCGCAUCAGGCUGGUGUUUGGACUUGGUUUUGCACAGUUCGUUUGGCUUAUCCCAACAGGCUUAGUUCAUUUUUCCUCAAAGUGUUAAGUCAAAAAAGUGGAGACAUAACCGAGCUAAGAAUACUGAAAUAAAACAUGACUCACCAAAUGUGCUGAUGAAGCAUCAGAAAAAUUGAAAGCAGCAGAAGUCAGAGGAGCCGUGAAACUUUUGUGAUGUUAAGUUGACAUGGGAAUUUAAGGCAGACUCGUGCAGCAUGUCCUCCUCUAAACAUAAACAUCCUCCAGGAAAGAAUGCAAACCUUUAUUCUGAGCUCUGAGAAGAAGAGACCGGCACACGCUUCUGUGGCUUCAUCACUGCACAGUAAGAAAUGAAAAGCCAGACCAGUGGACACGUGCAGGUGCUCCUCCCCUCAUACAAACUAGAGCUGACUUCUCAUCUGUAUGUCAUGCUAAAGGGACGUGUGCUGCAGUAUUUUAUUCAAGCCAUUGAAUCUAGUUUUAUGUUCAUUUAGUCAAUUCUUCUGUCAUAGCAAGAGCUUAAAGCUCCUGGGGGAAGUUUGAAAUUGGCUAAAAUUUAAAUUGAUGUCAAAAGAAAAUAAAACCAUCAGCGAUGAGACUGAUGAUUUCUAUAUUCAAGUUUUAAACUCUUUAAAAUAGCGUGAGGGGGUAGGUGUCAGCCAAGCAGCCUAGGAAACGAAAUGUUAUGAAUAUAACUUCUGUUCCCUGAAGGAGAGGAACGAGGUACAACACAUAUAGUAUGGGACAUCACGCCCCUGCGUGACCUGACUGAAGACACCUUUAUUCACGCCUUUAAGGCAGAUGAUCUGUGGUGACGUCUGGGAGGCUCCGCCUGCACAUAUAUACGUGUAACACCACAGUCAUCCUUCAGUUCGAUAGCCGCUCUUCACCGAGCUCUGCCGCGCAGCGGGGCAACCCAGUGUUGUACCUCGUUCCUCUCCUUCAGGGAACAGAAGUUAUAUUCAUAACAUUUCGUUCCCUUUCAGUCGAUUCACUCGGUACAACACAUAUAGUAUGGGACAUAUAUACACGCCCCGCAGAGCAGCCACCGAACCGAAGUCAAAACCUCCAAAACUUUUAGUGCAUUGUAGACCCAGCAGAAAGGACAGCGUGAGCCACCGAAGGUGCUGUCACAUCCAAACGGUAAAACCGAACAAAAGUGUGCGGUGAUGACCAACUGGCUGCAGUGCAGAUAUCACUCACAGAAACCCCUUUAAACAAGGCCCAAGAGGCCGCCAUUCCCCUGGUUGAAUGUGCCCUCACACCUUGGGGCAACGGGAGACCCCUGCUGCCGUAUGCUAAGGAGAUAGCCUCCACAAUCCAGUGGGAAAGCCGCUGCUUAGACAGCGCCUUGCCCUUGGCUGGAUUAGCAAAACAGACAAACAACUGGUCACAUAAACGCACACUCUGAGUGCGGUCUAUGUAAGUGCGUAGUGCACGCACAGGGCACAAGGAAUGCAACCUCCUCUGCUCCUCAGAUGCAAAUGGAGGGGGGCAGAAGCUCAGCAGUUCAAAACUCAUAGAGCUAUAGGCUGUGGGGAUAAUCUUAGGUAAAUACGCCGCGUUUGGACGCAAUGUAGCCUUAGAUCCAUCCGGAGUGAACUGGGUACAAGAGGGAUGCACAGACAAAGCAUGAAGGUCGCCCACUCGCUUUGCAGACGUCAAAGCAAAUAGCAGUGCAGUCUUGUAUGAAAGAAAUUUCAUGUCUGCUGACUCAAUAGGCUCAAAUGGGGGUCCACCAAGAGCCUCAAGCACCAACCCUAAAUCCCAUGAGGGAACACUGGGUUUAAGAACAGGUCUUAGCCUGCGGACUCCCUUUAGGAAGCGCAUAGCAAGAGGGUGAGCGCCUGGCGUCACACCAUCAAAGCCAACAUGGCAUGCAGAUAUAGCCGCCAAAUAGACCUUAAUUGUUGAGAAAGAGAGACCCUUAUCCAGCAGGUCCUGAAGGAAUGUUAAAACAUCCACAAUAGAACUCUGAAAUGGGAGUACAUUUCGGUCCUGACACCACUGCUCAAACGCCCGCCAUUUAUAGGCAUAUAGGCCCCUAGUAGAUGAUGCCCUUGCACUCUGGAUUGUUGCCACCACAUUUGGGGGCAGACCCUGAGCCAUUAAGUUGGACCUUUCAACAGGUAAGCAUGUAGUUUCCACAGUUCUGGGCGCGGGUGAAUCACCUCUCCUCCCGCCUGGGAGAGGAGGUCCCUGCAAAAAGGGAGCUGCCAGGGCCUCGCUACCAGCAGACUGAUUAUCUCUGCGUACCACGACUUCGCCGGCCAGCGAGGAGCCACCAGGAUCAGGGAGAGCCCCUGCUGGCGCACCCUCUCCAGAAUGGGCAGAAUCAUUUCCACUGGGGGAAAAGCAUAUAGCAGCGUGUUGGGCCAUGGGUGAGCUAGCGCAUCCAUCCCCAGGGGAGCAUUGCAGUCUGUUAUGGAAAAGAACAGGGGGCAAUGAGUAUUUGCUCUGGAGGCAAAAAGAUCUACUUCUGCCUUGCCGAAGCGGUCCCAUAUCUGAGCCACCACUAGUGGGUGCAAUCUCCACUCUCUCACAAGAGGACCCCCCUGGAGAGAAGGUCUGGUCCAAGGUUUAAGUGACCCGGAAUAUGUGUGGCUCUGAGGGACAGAAAAUGAACACUGCACCAUAGCAACAGAUAGUGAGACAGUUUUAACAGGGGAAGAGAGCGUGUCCCUCCCUGCUUGUUUACGUAAGAAACCACGGUUGUGUUGUCCGUCCUGAUCAGAACAUGAUGGCCUGUCAGAACGGGACGAAAGUGCUUCAGAGCUAAAAGGGUAGCUAGUAGCUCCAGGUAAUUGAUGUGGAGUUUGCAUUGUGCUGGCGUCCACACACCUCUCACUGCUGCGCCCUCGCACAGAGCCCCCCAACCCCUCAGGGAUGCGUCUGUGGACACCACCUUGCGAAAAGACACCCUCCCUAUCGGAGAUCCCUGUUGUAGAAAACCGGGUUCUCUCCACGGGAGAAGAGCCGACAUGCAAGACUGAGUUAUCGUCAGCCUCCUCUGGAGGUGACGCUGCGCGCACAGCCGGUGAGACUGAGUCCAGCGUUGAAACGCUCUCAUUUUUAACAGUCCGAGCGGCACUACAGCGAUCAUAGAUGCCAUCAUGCCUGUCAGCUGUAAAAUCGUCCGGAAACACAGUUUGCGUCCCAACUGAAAUUGUGCAAGGCAGCGGUGAAACGCAGCCACCCUGCGUUCUGACAGACGUGCUCGGCUUGAAACGGAGCAUAUUUCCAGCCCGAGAAAUGAUACCUGUUGACUCGGAGUCAGUGAACUUUUCUGUAAAUUUACUGAAAAGCCCAGUGUUUGGAUGUGCGAUAGGGUCAAUGACAGCUGAGCCGCUGCUCGCUCUCUGGAGCUCGCGAUUAGCACCCAAUCGUCCAGAUAGGCUAAGAUGCGAACACCUUUCUCCCGUAGCGGAGCUAAUGCCGCCUCGACACAUUUGGUGAAUGUUCGGGGGCGAGUGAUAAGCCGAACGGCAGCACCAGGUAUUCGUAGGCUAUGCCCUCGAAUGCAAACCUUAGAAACUGCCUGUGGUCCGGAUGAAUUGCUACGUGAAAGUAAGCAUCUGUCAGAUCGAUAGUUGUAAACCAAUCUCCCGGUCUGAUCGCGCCCAGUAGCUGUCUGAGUGUUAGCAUCUUGAACCUGUAGGUUCGUAGGUAUUUGUUUAACACUCGCAAGUCUAGGAUAGGACGGAGCCCUCCUCCUUUUUUCGGAACAACGAAAUAGCGGCUGUACCAACCUUUGUUCGUUUCCGAAGCGGGAACAACUCGUAUCGCUCUCUUGUUCAACAAGUUGUUUAUUUCUUCCCUCAGCACUGCUGCUGCUUCCUCUGCUACAACUGUGUGUAUUACAGAGUGAAAGCGAGGCGGCCGGACCCUGAACUGUAAGCGGUAGCCGAUGGCAACAGUUCUCUCUACCCACGGUGAGACUGCGCAUGCGCGCCACCGAGAGAGACGAACAGUCAGUCGACUGACCUCCAGUACUGUGGGGGAGGGGUUGUCGCCCCCUAGCGUGCCGGCUGGGAACGGCAACACUUUCUCGCCCAGACUUGAUUGAUUCAUGAUGUUUUGAGAACAAAACGAAACCUUUAUUUGAUUCAAAGAACGUACAUUUGUGGCAUUCACACAGUGAACAACAGGCGCCAUUAUUGGGGCAUGUGUAUGUGAGGGGGGGUUGUGCUUGGGAGACUGUGUUAAGGGAGUGCAGCGCCUCUCGGGACCGGACCCCUGAACGAACUUUAAACGCGGCCUCUUUGGCGGCAGAAAAUGAAGGGCGGCAGUGUCUCCGUGCUGCUGGCCCUCUCGAGUCGAUCCCGAAGCUAGGAUGACUGCUGCUUCUUCUUCCUGGGCGCCGAGUCCCUCCGGAAGCUCGGUGGCGGACCCUUGUUCCAAGCCGAAGGGCGUGGGUUCUGACCGGGUACAUGUCGCUUCACCGGCUGGGGCCCCAAGCUGGCGGGCGCUGCAGUCCUCUUAGGGGGAGGCGCUGGUGCCGGUUUGUGCGGAUAACCCUGUUGUUUGGGCCUCGCAUCACGCCUGGGGAUGAUGCUUCUCAAAGCUUCGGUUUGUUUUUUCCUCAGCUCAAACUUAGCUUGAAUGUCGUCGAGGGACUGCCCAAACAAACCGCUGGCCGACACAGGCUCGUCCAGAUAAACCGCUCUGUCCCUCUCCGGAACGUCGGAGAGAGUCAGCCACAGGUGCCUCUGCGCCACCACCGUGGAAGCCAUGCCUCUACCGAGAGACAGCGCUGCACAGCGGGACACACGGAGGAUGUAAUCUGUGGCGACUCUAGCUUCAUUGAGGAGAGGAGUAAGCGGACUGUCAGGAGGCAUACGCGAGCCGAGUUCUGCCAGACACAUAGCUUGAUAUGUCUGAAGCAUAGUGACGGAGCUCAGUGCACGAGCCGUAUUUGCCUGUGUCCUGUAAAUUUUAUCCAGCUGUGACGCUGAAAAUCUACAGUGCUUGGAUGGGAGCGUGAUGGGGCCACCGACACCGUGAUUCUGGGCCGGGGCCAGAUAAGCUGCCAGGGACGCCUCCAUAGGCGGAGGGUUCACCAAUCCAGCUUUUUCAGCUCCAUCUAGAUCGAGAAACUGUCCACAACCGGGCACUGUGGCGCGGGUGGACAGCGGCUUGUUCCAUGUCGAGGUUAGUUCCGCGACAAAAUCCGGGAACAUAGGCAAACUGUUCUUAACAGUCGUCGGUUCGGGUGGGAGAAAAAACCCUGUGAACCGCGACGGUUUUUGAGCUGGUGGAGGAGAGGGCCAUUCUACCUCCAGUUUCUCAGCUGCACGGCGGUACAGUGAGAGGAAGGAUGUGUCGUCCAGAUCAACCGGCGCAGCAGCGGCGGCAUACUGACCUGAAGACAACGGCUCCAGCUCAUCUUCCGAAAAACCCUGCACGUCCAGGCCGAUGUCCAGCACGUCAUCGUCCUCCUGGUAACAAGCUAGCCCGGAUAGCGGCUGGCCAGCGCCCUCGGAGGGGCCCGGCUCAAACCCAGCUGACCCGUCAGCACACUCCACAUGGUCUGCCCAGCUUCCAACUGAGCCUUCGACCAGAAAGUCCUCACCACCGGACUCGGACGAAGCCGGGUCUCUGGACUCGGAAAGGAGGGGGUCGUGCAGCGCAACAGCGGUUUUUCCAAGAAUUUUCUCCACAAACUUGACCCGCCUUCCCAGGGUUGAGCUCCGAAGCCGGUGACAGGACUCACACGACUCGGGCUCAGUCAACGCCCUCCUGGCGUGGACAAUCCCCAGGCAAACGGGACAAGCCUCGUGAAGAUCCUUCUCGUGAAGGGAGAAGCCGCACCCCUGAGGACAGGGGCGAACAGAAGACUUCGCCUUCACCUUCAUGGGCUUAGAGCUCAUAACGAGACUCAAAAGCUGAACGAAAUUAGCGCUCCGCGGGUAGCCGUAGGCUAACACCAACAGGGGCAGUUGAGCUAAAGUCGAUCAAGCAGUAGCCAGAGACAAGACCAGGCUAAUUUAGCAGCAGCUAGUUAGCCCGACUCGGUGUAGGUGUUCUCAGCGAGGUGAAGAGCGUAAGAACUGAAGGAUGACUGUGGUGUUACACGUAUAUAUGUGCAGGCGGAGCCUCCCAGACGUCACCACAGAUCAUCUGCCUUAAAGGCGUGAAUAAAGGUGUCUUCAGUCAGGUCACGCAGGGGCGUGAUGUCCCAUACUAUAUGUGUUGUACCGAGUGAAUCGACUGAAAGGGAACAGCGCUAUUUUCUUAAAGGGUGAAUUUGACGACCAAAGAUCAGCAGAAUGAGAUUUUUGAUCAAAAUCAUUACUCCAAGAUAAGCAACAACUGCUUUGUCACAAGAAGUCCAGGAGUGAUGGAAAUAUUCACAGUCCAGCAAGCCCACCCAAGUCAUUUCCCUUUUACUUUAUUGCACCAUACAAAACCAGAUGAUCUCAACCAUCUUCUACAGAGGCUGUCACUGACAAUUCAGACUAAAAAUUGAGUUUCAAAGUCUGUUGCAUAUCUCAGUAUUUCACUUAGGUAAUCAGCAGAAGCAUCGACUUAUUUGUUAGUUAAGGUUUGCAAAAAUGCAUUUAUUAUAGACUAAUAUAAAGUCUUUUAUCAUUACAGGCUGAAGAAUAAAUCAUUUGCAUAUUGCAGUUGGUAUAUGAGCAUGUCCUCCUGAAUUUAUCUAUUAUUAGUUUUUGAUUAUUGGAAAUUUUGGUUUUUGUCAGUUUUAGCACCCCAAUCUUUGUCGUCUUAUCCUUCACAUGCUUGAGUAGAAAUUGUUAACUAAAAGAUUUAAUCCUGCUGACUUUUGACAGAAAAAUAUGUUUAUUUAUUGUGAACAGUUUCGCAAAAAUCAGUCUCUUUCACUUUUGGAUGAUAUGAAAAAAAAUAUCAAUAUGAAUUUUAUUCUCAUCUUUAAAUUUAUCCGGUAAAAAUUCCCUUAUUUUUAUCUUGCAAAUAUAUCACAGAGAAGAAAAAUAUGACUGAUUUUUUAUUUUUUAUUUUUUGUGCUGUCAUUCUAAUAAUCAAACCUCUGUUAUGUCUGGUAUUGAACACUCUUCAUACAAACAGUAUAUCACGCUUGUAGAUCCCUCAACAAAACAGCACAUUCAAAAGAAAGGUCAAGUUAUUUUAAAAAAGCAUGUUGACUUGAAGCUAUUUGAUCACCAGUGAAUGAAAUUAAAUGAUAAAAUUAUUAUAUCACGAUCUCCCUGUUAAGGCAGCCUUUUGAGGAAACACUGAUGAAUGUCUGAUGGAGAUGUCAGGAGACAGAAGCGCUCUCUGUUUGACUUGUAGGGGAUGUUGUGUCAGACCAUCUUCUGAACACUGUCUGUACUUUUUGGGGGAUUUUUCUCUGGAUUAGAUCAAACGUGUUGUUUUUCCCCAUUUUCUGUGCUGUGUCAUUUUGAAUGUUAAUAACAUUCAGCUCACUCUUAAGGGGAAGAGGUAAUUCGCACCAAAAUGUUGAGAUAUUACACAAUAUUGAGAGUGUGGUUUUACUGUAGGUUUUUGUCUUUUUUUUGUGUUGAUGCUGCUCUUCAGUAUGACUCAACUAAGAUACUUUUUUGUUUGUCGGAGGAAGAAUUAUUAUCGGGGAAAUCACCUGUAAAUACAAGUGGUAGAAAACCAAGUGCCUGAAACUACUCAUGCAUACACACUCACAUACUCAUUUCCUUCCUGGGUUAUACAUAUCAGGGUACAAAAAUGAGAAGGAGAGUGCGCGUGCAUGAGCUGAAGUAAUAGAUGUGAACACUUCUAGAUUCAUACCCCUCUGUCUGGAAUCCCCCCUUUUAGCACACACACACACACACACACACACAUACACACACACACACACACCAUGUCCAUUCAUCCAGUCAGCUCUUCCUCUUGCUAAUAAAAGCAGAUAAUCUAAACUGAACGCUGCGCACAUGCUCACAAACACACAGUUUAAGAGGAUCUUCCCCUUUGCUCAACAGACCUGCCACAGAUAAGCAGUUGCUUCUUUAGUCACUUAAUGCCACUGUUACUGGCAGACAGAUGGGCUUUAGAGAACUGCUGUUGCUUAAGAGAACAGGACACUCCUCUCUCACUUUCAAAGUGAUUCAUUUAGCACUUCUAGUAUGACAAGAUUGCAGUGACUACCAUUUGCAUAAAGUCGUCAAAAAGAGCCCCUAUAGCUCCUCUCUUCCCUCCCAGUGUCACUUACUGAAAGUCGCACUCUUGUACUUUCUGCUGAUGAUUUACCAGCACUGCUCAAACUUCUCUUUUUGCUGUGAGUUUGCUUUCUCACCUAGCAACAUGCAGGGCUGUUAAUAUGUCAUUGACAAAAAAUGUGCUCAAUGUGUGUUUAAAGAAAGAAAAACUAUGAUGGAGUCUGGCUGCAUUUGCACAUGCAUGGCUGCAUGUGACUGAUGGCCCCGCCGGCAUCACCCACCUACCAUGUGGCAAAUAUUUCACCCUCAAAGAGAGAGACAGAGGGAGAGAGAGAGACUUAGAGAGAGAGGGAGAGACUUGGAGAGAGAAAAGGAGGGAGACCACCCAUUGGGUCGGUACUGGGGUCCAGAUUAGGCUGCCCCUGGCAGUCCCUGGAGAUCUGUUGCUUUGUUGAUGGUUUUUUAAUGACCCCGUUCAGGCUGAGGGCUCAUUGUACUGGCUUGAGUGACAGGCAGAUGGGAAAAGCUGAUGGGUUAAUCUGACAAACCAGAAAGGAGUGGAGAGGGGGCUUUUUUUUCCUGUCCACCUCAUUCAGAUCCUGUUUCUGCCAAAGCGCUUCAGGGGCAACAGUUUCUACUGAGGCUGUUUGAAUAUGGAAGAAAUGCUGCAGCGCAAUAAAACCCAAGAGUCUGCAGCGACACUAAAACUGCUUUGUGUAAAGAAAAAAUAAUAAUGACUCAGUGAAAUGUAAAUUGUGAAUUGCGUUGAGUUAAAUUGAAUUGCAUUUUCUCUUUCAAACAAGCUGAAAAAGAAACAAAGCCACAGACAAACAGACGAAUAUAAAUUCUGUCAUAUCUGAAAAAGGAUAUAUCCAGACCGUUUAUGUUAACGAGACAAUUUUCCGAUCAUAAUGGUAUUCAUCUCUUUCUAAAGAUUGUCAAUCCAUCCAUCCAUUCAUUUGCUUCUGCUUAUCCGGGGUCGAGUCAGAGGGCAGCGGUGUCAAGCCUGUCAGCCAAAAUCUCCCUCUCCCCAGCAACUCUUUCCUCUCCAGUGGGCUGUGGGUCUACCACAGGGUCUUCUCCCAGUUGGAGAUGCCCAGAACACAUCUAGAGGGAGGCAUCCUUGUUGAAUGCCCCCCUAAAAACCCCCUAAACUGACUCAUUUCAGUGUGAAGGAGCAGCUUCUCUACUCUGAGCGUCUCCUGUUUGCCCGAGCUCCUAACACCAGCCGAUCCACCCUUUGGAGGACACUCAUUUCAGCCACUUGUACCUGCGAUCUCAUUCUUUUCGUCUCAACCCUCAUGACAGAUGGACCGUAGAUAAACUUUUUUUUCGUCAACGCCGACAUUUUCCUCAGUAUACAUCCGUAACAGUGAUACCUUCUUCUCAUAGUGAUAAUGUUCCUUAAAGUCCCACUCUGAUUGUUUUUCUUUUUUUACAACUUAAAGUGUUCUCAGUGGUCUUUAAAUUGUGAUUAUGAAGUUUUUAGCCAAAAUCUGAGUCGUGGGCAGAGACAGCGCUGCUCUGCACACUCCUCUUGACGCUAGCUUGCAGCCUAACAUCGUGGGUGCAGCAGAAGUGGCACGUAACAUAGAAGCUAUUCACCCCCUGGACACUAAUGUCUUUGGGGACACAAUGAAAGUUUGUAUCAUAAUUAGCUUUCUUACAAGCAUUGCAUUUGCUAGCGAAAACACGCUUGUUCCGCGAUUGUCCUGCUUUUCCGAGUCUGGUCUGUAUCGUGGAGCUCCAGGGGCGGAGCUUGCAAUUGUGACGUAAGAAAUCCCACUGUGUCUGAACCUGCCGUUUGGGUCUGCCAGAGAUUCACAGCACUUUGAAUGCAGAAAUACCCAGAAAUGCAAUAUCGCACUUACUUUCCUCAUGAUAUGUCCUGUAGCAUUAGAAAAAUGCCACAUGAACAUGUAGACAACAAUAAAAACAUGAUUUUCAUCGAAGUGGGUCUUAAAAAGAAUAUGUUAGCAUCCCUGAAGGUAACAGAAAACAGAGUAAUAGGUAAGGUGCAGUAACCUUCAGUGACCUUACCAUGGUGGUUUUUCCAGCCACACAUUGGCAGCCAUUGUUGUUGGAGGUUAGCAGGAUUGUCCCAUGAAGCCCAUUAGCUUCCGCUCUCAUGGAUGUCAUGCGCAUGUUGUUGCUUGUCCAAUUGGAUUUGGAAAACUGAAGGGGAAUGCCACCAGACUUUUCAGUUAUCUCUUGUUGUUGAACUCUUGUUUUUCUAGUUCAAAAGCAAAAUAAACGGAGGGGGUGCCAUGAUUUACAGAAGAUGACAAGAUAAGCUUAUGACUGGGGAAAAUGUUUUUGCGUCCUUCCUCUGAGCUUAUUAUAAGACAGGCUGUUAUUGAGUUACACAGCAGCCAAAGGGAGUUUUAUGAGCCUUUAAGCUGGCUCCUUUCAAGUCUCUCCCAGCUGAUAAAUACUCUCUGGAUCUCUUUUUAAAUGAUAAAAUUAACCAAUUAUCAUUACACGAGCUGUCGCUGGCUUACGUAAGCAUCUCCCAACAGUCUAUGACAUGCAAAUGAGGGAAACUUUCACCUGAUCAGAAGUUUUCCUCUAAUUCUCCCCCUCCUGCAUAAAGUCCUCCCACUAAAAUGACACCAGUCAGACGCACAUAUCUCGAAUGACAUCAAACAAAUUGGAAACAGAUUUUCUGCCAGCGCUCAAACUGAUUAUGACACUUCACAAUAAAAGCUUUCAGGAGCAGUCACACUCCUCCAAAUCGGUUUGUUUUUAUGUUCACGAUGAAAGAGUUUUCCAUCUCUGGUCCCUCUUUUUAAAGUCAGAUUCAAUUUCUUUUAGUUAGUAAAUCAAGAGUUUCUUGAUAUUCACUGUUUCUAAUUUUAAAAUGUAAAUUUUAGAAAUAAACACGAUACUCGUACACUACAGGACAUAUCACAAUCACCCAUUCAUGUCACGUUCAGACUAGAGAUUAAUCCACAUGAAAUAUACAAUAUCACUACAAUCUCAUGACUGCAUGAGAUUUUACUAUAAGUGAAUAAUUUUUUGUAUGAAAUAUAUGGAUACAGUAUUUUAUUCCUGUUAUUUGCAUUAUUACUAGCUGUGUAUAAUAUCGUGGCCUUUACGGCAUUUCUUUUAUCAAUCGUACCACAUCAACUGAAUGAUAUGUGAUACUUUAGUGUAUAAAUGUAUCUCAUCUAACACACUAUUCCGGUUGUGCUGAUGAGCUACUGGAGCUCUGCAGAAGAAAAGCCCUUGAAAAUGACAUUGGUAAUGUGAUUUUGGCCGAAACACGUCAUAAUUACAGUUUAAAGACUUCUAAGAACACGUUAAGUAGUAAAGAAAAGAGAUCUUCUCAGAUAAUAAAAUCUAUUGCAUACUAACAAAGAUAUUUUAUUAUUUCUAUCAUAUGAUUAUCUAUGAGUCGUUCUGUUCCAACUGUUGCACUUCUUCUUGUCACUUCAUAUUUCAUAUAUCACUUCUUUGAACUUUUUCUCACUUGUCGCCUCAUGAGGUUAGAUUGUCCUCAUUGAACUCUCAGCUGAUUUCAGUAUAUCAGACCAUAACCCCUUUUACUAACUUUCACCUUAACUUGUCACUUUCCUCACAUCUAACCUGUCCUCUAAAGAGCAUUUUUUUCUCUUUUCUUUAUAUGCCAGUUGUAUUUACCGCUCAUUUUAUUCUGUCUACUGUAUAGGUUUGUCUACCUUAUUUUUUGUUGAAUCUACUUAUCUUCUUACUCUGCCUUUGUGACGCUGCAACAACCAAGCAUCCUGCUGUAUCGUGUCAUGUCGUAUCCUAUCACAUUAUCUAUCAUCUCAUCGUAUCCCAUUCUAUCAUAUGGACUUGUCUUGUCAAAUCACAAUCCGUUGGCCGUCCAGUCUUUAAUGUCAUAUCUGACUCUAUGUUCAUGAGGCUGAUAAAAUCACCAUCCUUUUUAACGAUAACAGUCUUUCAUCAAUGUUAAUGAUCAACGAUUAAAAGUCUUUUGCCUAAUAUUUUAUAUUUUACUGAGUUUACUGUUUCUUUAUUUGAGAAAUCCUUAUUCAAGCUCAGCUAUUUCUGUCCUGUUUGCUUGUAAGUAGGGUGACCAUACAUCCUCUUUUACACGGACAUGUCUUCUUUUUGGGGGGCUGUCCUGCCUUGUCUGGGAGAGUUUAUAAUCCUUCAAAUGUCAGGGGUAUUGCAUGGAAGUUUUGAGUUUGUGUCAUGUGGACUAACUGAGUUAGAAUUGCGCAAUACACACUUGACCCGACCCAAAAAAACUCUUAAAAUUUACUAUGCACGACUCCUUGACUCCGCCCCGUGUAGUAGUGUCCUCUUUUUGGGGAUUCAGAAUAAAGUCACCCUGCUGUAAGCAUCAGUGAUGUUUGGACCUGGACCUUUACUUGCCAGGGAGUUAAUCUCUGUCACAAGAGAAAUAUCAGUCAGUACCAAUAUUUAAUGGAUCUUAAGGUAGUUAUAUACAAUUUGAUUAAAUCUCAAAAAAGGGAAUAAUGACAAACAAAGAUACUUUAAUUUGCUCACUCAUUUUUUAUAUGCAAAAAAUUGUACUUGCAAAACCUCUACAGUCAGCUGAAACAUGAGGCUUCAGAGCUUUCUGACAUUAAACUAGUGCAAUUAGAAACAGAUAUUAGUGUCUCCUGCAGAGUAUGAGGGCUAAAUCUUCGUCAUGAACAGACAUCCAUCAAUAGGACAAGUAUCAGCUGAUGUUAAUACUCAGCUGCUUUCCUGGUAUCCCACAGUUUUUAAAGUACAUGGGUCGCACACUGUCACUGGUUCAACAGAAGAAUCUGGUUAAACGUAUUUCUGACAAUGACCAAGAAUUAAAGAGUUAUGUCUGUGAUGCUCCUAUUUUCCCAGACAAUAGGUUUCCACAGACAGGAUGAGGAGAGAGCGCAGCGGCAGGGAAAGGGAGUGGGGGAAAACCCUCUCACUGCACGCAGGAGAGCACGUGCAGCGCACUCUGGGAAUGUUUAGAUAUCUCCUCAAACGGCUCCGCAUGGGAAAAAAAAGGAAAAGUCAUGCUCAGUGCUUUGACUGCAGCCGGCUGAACCCGAGAGGAGGAGGGGGGGUUGGCCCCGAUUUGACAUAAGCAAACACACACAGCGCACACACACACACACAUAUGAACAGAAAUAUACUGUACACACAGACUUUGAUUGCACACCUUCACCAUCGCAGAGAAAGUGUGACUUUUCCUCUGUGUACCCCCUCUAGAGUGGGUCCUACAAGACAGUUGUAGCACCUAUAAACACACACUCCUCCGCACUUCACCAUAUUAAUUGUUGAUGGCCUCUUGGCAUCCCUCCAGGUAGGGAAAAGGGGGCAGCGAUCGGUUUGUGUGUCUCGCAUGCGCGCACACACCGGCAUCUGGAUAUUGAAGCCUUGUCUGUACCAGCAAGAGGAAGAGGAGGGAAAAAAGAGAAAAAAAUUACAGCAUAUAUCAGGAAUUUUCCAGCUAAUGAUGUGCGGAUGUGGUAGCACUGGAGAGAGAGAGCCACUGACUGUGCUGUCUUUGUUUCGCUCGCCGAGGGCCCCAUGCUGCAUUCCUGUACACUGUGCAUACUUUGGCAACAGUUGUACUGCCCGUUUUUUUUCUGUUUUACUGUAUACAGUUUGUGUGCUGCUCUUGCACUUUUCUUUCAGACUCCUGUAGCUCUAGCUCUGCCCCUCCCUCUCCCCCUCAUCCCUCCUUUAAACCUCUCCUGUCUCUCCUUCCUUAUUUCCUUUCUUGGCUUUGUGAAGGUCCAUUGUUGGGACUGUAAAUUGUCCUUUUUUUACAGAACAAGAGCAAGAAAGAGGGAAAGUGAGGGAGGAGUUAAAUAAUGGUGUUUACAACAACUGACUGCUCGAGCUAGAGCUUCGAAAGGGGGCCUCUCUGGAGACACAACAUUACAGCUCCAGCUCCACCGUACUCUCAGAGUGCAUAGUUUUGUUCAUUUUAUUAUUAUAACAUCCGCUCUGCUUCUCCCAUAUGUGGCCUGCAUGUACACUCUGCAGCCUUUAUCUGUUUUCCUUCCGUAGAUUCACAAAGGAAGGCUUUAAUUUGUGGUGGAUUGCUUUCAGGAAUGUAAUCAAAUUCUAGCUCAGGACUUAAAGCAUUAAGCAGGCCAAACAUUUACCUGAGAGACUCAACUGCACUGCAUGCUUAUUCUUCUUUAGUCCGUAAUCGCUGAAUGGUAAAACCUCCAAUCAUGCUCUUGUUCAUUCAAUUAGAUCAGUUAUUUGGCCUCGAGUGCAUCCACAGUACUUAUGUGUGUGCAGAAGGUGUGUGUCUGUGGGUGCUGUGCUGCUCCUUCAUCCUGGACUUCCUCAGUGAGAGAGAAUGUAAAUACAGGCCACCAGCCAAGUCCCAUCAGCCUCAGUGCCUCUGGCUCUACAGCCUCAAGCGGCCUCAGUCAUCCUCAUGGCCUCAGGUCGCUGUGAGCAUCCUACUUGGAAGUGCACAUGGGGAGUGAGGAGAAGACGUCUGUGUCAUGGCAGCAGAGGAGGGCGCUGGUGAUGACUGUAUCAUUUGCUGAUGUGUUGUAACUUGGGAUUUAUUAUGUAGUUGUAUAUAGUUGGGCGCAUUCAAAGCUCAAUAAUGUCAUCAAAUAUUUUAGCUUUUCAAUUGUCUCAGGUCAACUUUCUGCUGUUCCCAUAGCAACAGUAUGGCACUUUUACACAACCUCUGUGGGGUUCAUUUAAAGCUCCUGUGAGGAACUUUUAGUUUUGGUGAAUCUGGCGCCCCCUGUGGACAAAAAGAGAACUUGAGUCCUUUUGCUUCGUCUAUUCAGAAAUAGUAUAGUCUGACCAAGACCUCACCUGUUUCUUCAGUCUGCUGUCAAUCAUCUGGUCUGAAGUCUACUCACCUCAGCAGUUUCAGGCAUAAAAAAUGACCAUAGCAGCAUUUUUAGUCUAGUCGCUGGUGGCCUUUAAGUUAAAUUUUGUGAUUUUCUAUUGCCUUUAUUGACAGAAGACAGGACGUUGCACUGAGCAGGAAAUGGGAGGAGAGUGUAGGGAGGAACAUGUAGGAAAAGAGCCUUACGCCUGGUUCACACAGGAAGCGCCGCGCACCGAGUUUAGGAUCGGCGCCCAUGUUAACCUAUGUGAUUGUUCACACAGCGCGCGCGGGGGAGUGCCACGCGCGGAACGGCUCGCGCUCUGGAGCGCGGCCGCUCCACUUCUCUCUACUUUUUGCGCGAGCCAGUUGUAAAGCUGGACAGAGCAGAUCGGACCAGACAGGAAGUCGGGAACAGGAGAUGUGAGAGAAUCCGGUCAAUUUUAAAAUUAAAAUAUAUUUCAAUAAAUUAGAAAAAAAGGAUUUACAGUGUUGCUUGUCGGGCUAUUUUUUCCCAAUGAACACGCAUGCAUGCGCGCGCAUACACACACACACACACACAAACACACACAUACAGACGGAGGGAGAGCUGCAGAGAUUCAGUGAUGUUAUUGAGACAAAGGAGGGGGACUUUAUUACGAUAGUCAAUAGACUGGAGCUAACAAGGCUACACAUACAACGGAGUCAACAGACUCCCCAAUUCAUUCGUUGUUUACCCCAUGUAAUAAUUUAAAACAAUACUUGAAGAUGCUACUAAUAUUUAAUUUAUGUAAUACGUAAUACAAACGUAAAUAAAUAUUGAUUUACCCAUGUUUAAAGCGCUCGUAAGUGUGGAAAACUGAGGGCAGACGGAAACAGUCGAGCACUGCCGGGCUCAGUCAAUGUCUGACCGGCGCAUCAGAGCGCAGCAGAAAACGCUUUAUGUGUGAAGAGCCAAAAGCGCGCAGCGCGUCGGCUUCCUGUGUGAACCAGGCAUCAGACUAGAUUCACACCUUAGGCAUAAACUUCCUUGUGUUUUAACACAUUUUAGUUGUUUUCCUACUUUCUUGCAGGACAUUUUGCAAAAUUGAAUCAUAACCAAUAUUACUUUUUCAAUUAGCUUGUUUCGCAACAUCUUAUAUAGUCAGUUUAUGAUGGCAGCUAGCUUCCCUAAUGUGUCCGACUGUGAAGGCAUGUUUAGAGUGGGUGAAAACCCCUUUGAUCAGCUGUGUUUAUUGGAUAACCUAUUUAUCUUAAUUGUGGUGCGUCACCGCUAGCAAUCUUCUUGUCAGAGCAUCAAAAAUAAUAAGCAUAUGCUUGAAAAGUUUCUAAUCUUUCGGCAAGAAAUCGCAUCAAAAUUUUUCCCAAAAUGCUUCUUGAACCAGAUGAUCUGAAACAUUUACACUAGCCAUGAAAGUGCAUAGCUUAAAAGUUAGCAGUAGUUCCUCCUAGUAGUAGUUCAGCAUUGUGACAGAAAAAGCACACGCGAGAACAAGUCGUCCCUCUCAGUUUGACUAUACCAACUCUUCUGCAGGUUUGAAAGGUUUGAAACUUCUGCAGGUUUUAAAGGUAACAUGAAACAAUUAAAGUUAAAUUCUGGAGGUUUGAAUCUUGUAUCAUUUCAAUCCAUCCAGGUAAGCUUGCCUUUUGAGUGACCUCCGACCCAGAAAGUACAGAUCCCCAUGGCUAACACAAAAUAAAAAUAAGACCAAGAUUGAAUAUACCGGAAUUAUCCUUUAAACAUGAAACACAUGCUGCGGAUAUCUUGCAUACAUUUGCACACACACACUCACACACACACACACACACACACACACUUAAAAGCACUAGGCAAUGGAGCACGUGAAUCCAGGCAAAAGCAGGUGCUCACUGUGUCACGUGCAAGUACUCACACAUAACACAAACCAAACACCCCCACGCUCACAUGCAUGCACCCUAUUGUCAUUCUCCUCGGCUGUGCAUGCGGCGCACUGGUGGCACAGUUCCGGAUGUUGCAAGUAAGACAGUCCUGGAGGUCCAGCCCAGGAGGUCUGGAGGUCCUCUGAGGCAGAGGAAGCCAUUUCCUCCCUGAAGCGGAGCAGGGGGCAGAGAGCAGCAGUGAGAAGGAGGAGGAGUAGGAGGAGGAGGGUGGUGAGGGGGAGGAUGCUCUCAGCAGAGAGGAAUUCUCAGAAUGUUGUCCUUUAAUCUGGAGUCAGCCUCACACACACUCUCGUUUUUUUCUCCCUCUGCUUUAUCUGACCUCCUCUGGCUUUUCUGUUACCAUGCGGAAGGGAAGAGGGGUGUGAGAUAGGCAGAGACAGAUUGAAAAUGCAAGGCAGCUGACCUAGGGGGAAAACUGUGCAUUGCAUUGCAGAAGUUUGAAAACUGUGCAUUGCACAGUUUAGGGGGCGACUUACUUUUCCUGUGCUUGUAUCUCUGUUUCCAUUCAGCCUGUAGAGAGGAGAGAGAGUGCAGGAGUGUGUAAUGAGGGGAUAUGUGAAGCAAAACAGAGAAUGAGAAGGGUGAGAAAGAGAGUCUAAGAAAGAAGGAAUGCAAACGUGGUCGGAAGAGAAGGAAAGGAAAGGGCUGAAAAAAAGCUCUGCUGAACAACAUUACAAUCUGGGAAUGUCCUUUACUCUCUUUUUACUGCAGCCUAUGAAUCAGUCUUAUCUCUGAGAAACAGUCAACAGUCAAGUUUACACCAUGACUUUGAAGCAUGUUCCUUUAGAGGAGUUACAUAGAAAUGUAAUAUUGAGUAUGACAGAGUUUGGAGUAAACAAUAAAAGUAAAAUAGACAGUACCCUUACACUUUUGCAGGGGAUGAUUGGCCAUAAAAUAUCAAAUAGUUGCCCAAUAUUUAAACAUCAGAUGUUGAAAAAGAAAUAUGUUGUUUUGUUAUAAAAAAUAUAAUCUUAUUUCGAAUUUGAUUCCAGAAACACUUUUUCAAAAGUUGAGACAGGGUUAACUGAACUCUGAAAAGACAUGCGAUACCAGAAAAGCACCAGGGGGAACACCUCACAACUAAUAAGGUUCAUUUGCAACCACUUAAUAACAUAACUGGGUAUUUUAAAAAAGGCUCCUCAGAGACACCAGGUUUAACAAAGUCGAGAGGGAAAGAAGUUUGUAACGUUCUGAAAGACUGGAUGAUUAAAUGUGAUUUGAAUGAAAGAGGAAACUUACAAUAAGCGUGAUCUCAGAUGCUCUUAAAAGGUGACGGACCUACCCUGCUUUUAGCGCACAGUUAAAAAUCCAGCAUACUUGGUGGUAAGGGAGUGAGUAAGUGACUAAAAUAUGAAUCGCUUACACAUUUAGGAGAGCAAUUUUAACGCUGAAUUUAAACAGGUGAAAGUAAAUAUUUUUGUGUCACUUUCUCAAAGAGAAAAUCAUGAAGCAGUGUGAGUUGAGUGUGUAUGUGUCACAGACAAAGUAGGGAAGUGAGAAAGUCCUGAAAGGCUGACUAGUGUGUUGUUAGUUUGGGAUUGUUUUUCAAUAUUCAUUGACAAAAAAAUAAAUAAAAAAUAACAAUACUUUUAAUCAGUAAAGCAAACGAAACAAGAGAGACUACUUUUUAAUAUAUACUUAAAUUAGUUCUCCAGGGUGCAUAUAGUCCAGGUCUCAUUUAAGUUUGAAUAUCACCUUAAAUCAUCUUCCUUCCUGUGUGUCUUUUCGUGCAUAAAUGUGUGAUACGAAUGUCUUAAUCUGCACUUGUGGGCAGGUUUUCGAAUAACUCUGUAUUGCACUGCAGCAGAUGUACCUUGAGCUCUAGGUCUGUGGUUCUUCCUAGAAGGCUUCACAUCUGUGCGUGUAUGUGUAUGUGCAUGUGCAUGUGUGGGAGUGCAUGUGUGUGUAAGAGGGUGUCUAUAUAAACUCAAUGCAGCAGACUGAAGUCACAUGUGCAUGAGUUUGCAGCUGCAGGAAGAAGCUUAUUGGGCUAUUUGUCACUAAUGCAUUAGUGCACAGUUUGAAAUGUGAUGUGUUAAGAUGAUUAGUGGCUGCACAAAUGUAGAAAACUCUAAAUGAAGAAAGUUGGAGUUAAUUCCUACAAGACGGGACAGAAAUGCAGCGCUGAAUUUUCCAAUUUUGCCAGAGAGGGAAAAAAGAGUGACAUUUUGUUGCCCUGACCGUAUCGGCAGCUGUGCAACUUCCAUUCAUGAUUUUCUCUGAGGUUUCUCUGUUCUAAAAAUCUUCAAUGACCCAAACAGUCAGCCUGUUCAUUCUUGGUGCAUGUCUCAUUUCUGGUCACAUUGCUCAGCUGACGCAUCUGAGCCAACUAGCCUCAACUUCCUUUACAUUUCCACUUAAGCAGGAAGCAGGAGAGAUGUGAAAGUAUCACACAUCUGCAAGAGCGGCCCCAAGCUCUAUUAAUAGUGUCAUUGAGUUAAGUGGAGAAAAUGUGACUGAACUUUUUAUUCCUCUUAGUAUCAGUUGACUGAUCUGUUUAAAGAGUUCCAGCUUGGGGUAAAGUCUGGUCAGUUUGUGGGUUUUCCACUGGCAUUCAAGUCUGUGAUUUGAAGGAACAGAAACUUUGGGGGGCAGGGCUUGAAGACAUCUCACUUGAAUUAAUAAAAUAGGUCCUUGAUUUAUAUUGUUAAAAAAAACGAGUAGCUUUGCACGUACGCAGAUGAAGGAGCGGGAAAGAUUGUGGAUCAUAUCCCACAUAAUGUCAUUUACUUUGUGAAAUGAUGUGCAUACAUGAACUUUGACUUCCUUUUGUGUCAUUUUUUCCCCAUAUCAGCAGUAGUUCCGGGAGUAAGUCUAUUCAAUUCAGUGCUUUAUUAACAAAUACCAGCUAAGCUAAGGGUAGUAGCACAAAAGCAAAAAAGUUCCUGUUGAGUUAUGGCAGUUUUUUUUUUGGUGCCAAAGUUCAGCAAAGACUCAAAUGGAGGAAAAGUUUCUUCAUUUAUCAAACAACUGAUCUCCAGACCCUGGUUGAAAUACAGACAACAGCAGGCUGCAGGAACAGAUUUGUUCAUGGAAGAGAAGUUUGGGGUACUUUUCGUUUUCGUUGAAAAGUACCUUUAGACCUGAAAAUGAAACAGUAGAAAAAGUAACCAGAAGCCACUUACAUGUACUUUCACAUUGAAUCCCACAACGCCAUGUUCUAGUGAAAGUUUUUAUAAUGCAUUGUGGUGUUGCAAAGCACAAGAUCCACAGCGUGUAAACAUGGGAAUAGGAGCGCCACACACAAACACACACUGUGGUGUUCCGCCCUGACAGCUCAGUCUUACAUUAUAACAGACUUAGAUUCGCUGAAUGUCUUUGACUAUUAAUGUUUUUGACCAAUAUGAUAGUAAAAAUGUUCAAUAGUUGUUAAGACAUUUAUAACAUAUAAACCUUGUUGUAAACCUCAUGGAGGAGGUAGAGAAAAAGUUAUAUACUCUUGGAAACAUACAUGCUUGUACCAAAUUGUGAAGCAAAUUUAUGGGAAUAAUUUAGUCAAGAAUCAAACAUUAAACUGGCUGACGGACCAGCAUUAGCCCACCUGUGCACAUGCUAAAAUACAGUAAUGAAAAAGGGAUCAAGAUGACUGAUUAAAAUGUAAAACUGAAAUAACCUUGGAGGAGUCUGCACCUAAGUGAAGAUCUGAUUCCAUUUUUAUUGCUCAUUUUUGGCUGUCUAAACCCCAUAAAGAUCAAAGCUCUCCUGUUUCACUUACAGACUCAUGAACAACAUCUAAAAGCUCAGUGUAUCAUUUCCAAGUCCUCCUACACUGAGUCCAGUCCAGUUAAUAAAGAUAUCUAGGUGACAGCACACUCUCUGCUCGCAAACGUUUGCCUCAGACUCUUCAGGUCCUGAUAAGCGCUCUACAGUGCCUGUGAGGGGAACUGCAGCCAAAAGCUGUUGGAAAAAUCUGGAGUUAAGGAAAGCACCUGGAACCAGUCCACUCUCUCACUAAGGGUCACUGAGUUUUGUCUGGAGGCUUUCCCUACUGUAGCUGUUAACAAUGCCGCUGCUUUCCUGCAGGUUAUGACUGCACACAUGCGCUUACAGCUCCCAUUAGAGUUCACAGGGACAAAGUUGGAAACCGUGACUUAUGUGGAAAGGUGCAAAAUGGCGACUGUUGAAGCUCAGGUGGGGGCAAGGCUGGUAAUGCAUGACAGGAAAUGUAGUUUUAAAAGAUUACUUCAGGCAGUGGUAAAAAAAAAAAAAAAUAAACUGCACCUAUAUCCACAUAAGCAUGCAUGAGCAUGAGAAAGGAGGAGGAACAUUUUGGAGACAAUUUACUCAGCAGCAGUCAAACUACAUGUUGUAGAUCAUGUGCUUUAAUUGAACCUAAAGUUUUUCUGUUUUUGCAUGCGUGUGUUACAGGUGGUUACAUUGUGGUACAGAGCCCCUGAGGUGCUGCUCCAGUCCAGUUACGCCACACCAGUGGACCUGUGGAGCGUUGGCUGCAUCUUUGCAGAGAUGUUCAGAAGACGGUGAGAACUGCACAGAAUGCUUUGUCUAUGAGCGAGUACAAAAUACAGAGGAACUUAAAUCAAAAGCCACAUAUUUAGUGACCAGAGGAUCUCCAUGAGCAAAGCGACACAGAGUUAAUCCAAAACUAUAACAUAUACAGUUAUUCAUUGUACAUAAUCUGCUGCAUUAAUUGAGGACUUUGAGGUUUUGAGUUAUUUUUUUAUGCUGACUCGCAACAUUUUGUGCUGCCACGUGUCUCUAUUACAUCCUCAUUGCCAUCUUUGUGUCAGUUUUUCUGCUGUCAACAAAACUGACCACAAGCUGACAGUCUUUUUUUAAUCAGACAUCCGAUCUCGCCUUAUUUAUGUUUCCUUUUUCUUUUUUUUUAUUAGGUGAUGCAAGACAGAUUAUGACAGGUGUUUGACAACAUAUGUACACACACACACACACACACACACACACACACACACACACACACACACACACACACACACAUAUAUAUAUAUAGUACGAACAGGCAAUGGAGACAAAAAAAAGUGACAAGUAAAGCCAUUUAUGUUUCCAACCCCCAAAAAAUCAUAGUUUUAUGAGCUUUACACCUAACGUGGUUAUCUAAAUGGUCAUAUGAGCAGGGAUGGCUUCAAAUGGUUAUAAUUUCAAUCGCUUAUUUUGUUCACUCUGUUAACACUGUAAAUCACACUUAACAUCGCACCUCACUCACUGGCUUGUGCGGCGUAACGUGCUUCAAAAACGGUUGCACACUCAGUCCUGCAUCAGCACUAUGUCUAUGCUCGAGACAAACUGACCCCUUAAGAACCAUCUUAAUCUCACUGUGCUUGUGUUGUGUGUAGGAACUAUAAGCUGGGAAAAUGAAAUAAACAAGCCAGUAUAACUGUUUGAUGUGCGUGUUUAACCUUGUACCACGCACUGGUGUCCCUGCUUUGGCCUUUUUUCCCUCUGCAGAGGUUUUCACAGGUCAUGCAUCAAAUACCUGGCCCCUUUAGUGAUGGCUUUAGCACAUUAACUAUUUAAAGAGCAGAUAAUAAUCAGUGACCUACAGGGAUGUAAACAUAGCAUCCACACACAUUCACAUGCUUGCAUCCUUGUGACCAGGUGUAUUUUUAGCUAAAGCCGAUUCUUUAUUUAGUAACUUGUAGGUUUUUUGUUUUUUUUUAAAUGGAUGCAAAACAUGAAGUUGGAUGAGAUGUUUUAGGGUUGGUGUUCUUUCCCUGGAGUAAUUUUGCCGAAAAAAUCCAAAGUAAAGUUAACUUUCAGUGAUUUAUAUAAGUUUGUGUAACAGUAGGUACCAGUUAUUUGGGCGUUUCCUGACAUUCUCCUCCAAUAACACCUGUCAGAUGCUUUGUGAACGAUCACAUUUCCGUUAGCUUAUCAAACCAUUACAGUAAUGACAGGCAGCUUGCUGUGGUUGCAGGGUACAUGACAAGAUUCUGCGUCUCUGUGUAGGUAUUUGUCAGUUUGUGGUCUAACGAACUUUGCACGCUGGAGAGCCAACCUAAUAACAGACUAUUUCUACACAAAGAAGAAGGGUUGAACCGUCUGCGUUUAGAAGGAAGAGCACAUGAGGGCAUUUUAAAUCAUCAGCACAUCACAUUGAUAUUACAAAUAAUUAAUGCUCCAUGUCGCAUAUAACUGUCUUGUAAGGAUCAGUUAACUGGGUUCAAGCCAGCCUGUUGUCGUGUGCUUCGGUGGAGAUAAGAACAGCGUUUCUGAGGUAAGGCAGGGUGCCAAGAGGAGCAGCCUUGCCUGUAAUUUAUGCUUCCUUCCUUAACCGUCCUCAAACCCCAACAUGCACAGCAACCCACGGGGUGAUGCAGGGGGAGUAUAAAGGUUGUGGUGACACAAGGGUGACGCGGGGUGAAGAGACUGUUGCAGUGUAACCCCCCACCCCCAGUGUGGCUGAAUGUCUUUCAGAGAAAGAGUCUGUAAAUGUCAGCUCCAGGUCAUGUGUUCAAGAUGCAUUUAGCAGAGUACUAUGGUGACACAUGGGUAUUUAUGAAAGUGUAAGAUAAGAUCUGUACUUUUGACCACAUAUGCAUCUAGAUAUGAUCUUUGUAGAGGUGUGAACUGUAGCUGAUUUUGAUGGUUUGCGAUCCUGCACAGGGCGCAGCAUCCAUGAUUUUUUAAAAAGAAAGUCCAACUCAGUCAGGCUAUGGGACGGUUUUUCACUUUGACUCAGUCCAUCUGAAAUCAGUGCAGAAUGAGACAAGUUGUUAGUAUUUGUGGAUCAUGUUUAUAUGGUUUUCUUUUUUCAUUUCCUGAGGAGUUCAUGUCGUGAUUACCAUUAUAAAGUCAUGUCUGUUUUUUUAAAUGCACUGUUGCCAGAGGGGCCAAAGGUCACAGCAAUGGUGUGAGGCCUUGUCUUUUUUUCUUCAGAGACUUCUGUUUCUUAAAUCAUUUGGAUUUUUACACAAUCUAACCGAAUUUUGAAAUGGUUGAUCAUUUUUCUCCCACUGUUUCUCACAGAGUGGUGAACCUCUCCUCUCUUCUAAGAGUCCUCGGCCUCUGUUGAAUGCCUUUUUUGAAACCCAGUCAUGACACGAACCUUUUGCAUAUUAACCUGAUUAGUUGGAGACGUUCUUGAUGUUUACUUUAUCUUAUUUCCAAUUAAAUAUAGGGUUUAAAUAUUUACAUACCACCACCCUGUUUUUAUCACUUCACUCAGCAUCAGAAUUUGGGAUUUUAUAGAAGACUGUGAAAACGCUUGGAAUACUCGGUGUCUCCUUCACACGGCUUCUUUUGUACUGUUGAAACCAGCUCUAAUUGAUGAAGAGGUAACCACCUUUUUCCUCCCCUCGGUGCCGGUGUCCAUGAGACGUAGUACUGAUGGUUUCACUCCAACCUCUCAGGUGCUCUCUGAUCAGCGUUCGUUCUCCAAUCAUUUCUCACUGCUCCUUUUCUGGCUCAUUUUACUUUCUGUUUCUUGGGAUCACAGCUGAGAAGCCUAUUAGUAAGCAAAUCAACAGCUAUUUUUGUCAUAUUUUCGUUAGUCAAUUUCAACACAUGCAGCAAAUCACAGGUCUUCUAUUAAUAGCCACUCUGUUAUGAAGAUUUGCUGCUUUUGGUUUAUCUGCUGUGGUAAUAAAAUCGCUUUUCCUCGCUGAAAAAAAUACAAUUUUCAGGUUAUUGGUAUUAAAACAAGUGACCAAGAAAGCCAGAAGUAAGUAACGCCUAAGUGGAGAUAAGUGGAGUGCCGAGGUUAACGGAGUAGUGUUAGUGAAGUGAGGUGUUGUUUUUAUAAAGGCUCUGUUUCUGUGUGUCUGUCAUGUUUCACCAGCUUUACGUUACUGAGGUGUGCUAUUUUGUUCUUCCUAUCAAUAUAUUUUUAAAUCCAGAUUUCUUCUAGGCAUUUAUGAUGUAUGACGUCCAGGUCAAAGCCCAGCAUGCAAACUUUGGAGAACAGGCAGAACACCUGGUUCAGUUUGGGUCUGAUUUCUGUGUAAACAAGUGAGAGAAUCAAUCCCGAAAAGUAUUAUCAAGGCAUGUUGAUCUGAUUUUAGAAAAUUCAACAUUUCAGUCGACUUAACUUGUUCACGUGUGUUUUCAAAUCCAGUUUCAGUCUGACUAACGACACAAAUAGAUUUUAUUUAAUAUAAUGUAACAAUGGGCUGAAUUAUCCUUUAAAGCAGACACAAUCAGAGGUUUACAGUACCUUCUCUGAUAGCGGUAAGCUUUGUCUUUGUGUGUGUGUGUGUGUGUGUGUGUGUGUGUGUGUGUGUGUGUGUGUGUGUGUGUGUGUGUGUGUGUUUUCACAAUCUGGCACCUGUCCAACUUCGCCUUGAGGCGGAAGGAGUCCUUUGAUGGCCACAAACAGAACAUGCUCUCUCUCUCUCUCUCUCUCUCUCUCUCUCUCUCUCUCUCUCUCUCUCUCUCUCUCUCUCUCUCUCUCACUCUCUCUCUCUCUCUCUCUCUCUCUGCAGGUGAUUAAGAUGGCCUUUUAAAAGGCCACCUGUUAGAGAUUAAAGGGCACCUGGGAGAAGCGGUGAAUGAAGGCAGGAGAAAGCAUGAUUGAGGGAAAGUGCAGAACAAGAGAGGACGAGAAAACACUGUUUAUUGGUCUGCAACUCUGUUGAAUUGGAGAUUAUAAUCGUUGACAGCUCAGGAACAGCGAACCAGACAUGCCCACAGGUGGUUUGAUCACUUUGAGAGUAGCUUGUAUCUAAAGUGAAAGAGGGCAUCUGCAUGUUUAUCUGCAAGGGACAACCCCAGUUCACCCUGUCACCUCAUGCUGCAGGUCAAAAAAGUGCAAAUCCAACCCCAGAACUUUUUCUCCUCUGACUCACAAAAACUUCAAAGAUCUCCCCGAGCACCGACCUCUCAGCUUUCCACUUUCAUCGUCUAACCAGCAUUUUUUAAAAAAAAAAGAAGAAAAAUGUCUUCAGUUUCUACUGUAGCCAGAGUUGUUGGGAACUUGUCGUCAAAGGAAUUUGAGCAAAUAUCAUGCAAGUCUGCAUCUGCAUGACUGGGAUGGUGUCGGGGUGAGUCACAGUCAGACUGAAUGGGAGAGAGAGAAAGGGAGAGAAAGAGAGAGAGCGCCUGCUUGUUGACAUUCCUCCAAUCGAAAAGGUUGAACGAGUUGUGUUAAUGGUCCGGGACAGGCCCCACAUCCGUGUUGACUUUCUCACAGUUUGCAACUCGAUUGAUAAAUCCUCAAACACACACACACACACACACACACACACACGCAUGUAGAGUGUGUUCUUUACAGUAACGCACACAGCAAAUCCAAACUUGACACACUUUUAUGUCUGCACUGUUCAAACUGGCACAGAGUAAUGGAGACACACUGAAACACACUUUUUUCCUCUCUCUUUCUCUCUCUCUCUCUCUCUCUCUCUCUGUUUUCCACCCAGACUGAUUGACACUCUCACGUGCAAACAUGCACACACACAUUCCAGAGGUCGUCUCAGUGGAAUGGGGGACAGAGUUGGCACUGAGGGAAACGUGACUCAGCUGCCUGUCCCAGCCCUGUCUCAGCCUUUUCCACUCGCACCACUUUAUUUGUGUGUGUGUGUGUGUGUGUGUGUGUGUGUGUGUGUGUGUGUGUGUGUGUGAAUAUACAUGUGAACAUGCAAAUCUCUCCUAAAGCGUGUGUGUGCACAUUCAUCCAACCUUACUUUCUUUAGUAUGUGUACAUGAGCGUUUGCACUCCUCUGUUGACUGUGUGCAUGCCAGUGGCUGGCUCCAUGUGAAUCCAGUUAUCCCCCUCCAACAAACCAACAAACCACUCCAGGUUUAAAAAUGGACCUCUUGGAAUUAUCAGCUCUACUUGUUUUGGCAGGAUGACUUUGCUGUAGGUGAAUUUUUUUUCUUCUUCGUCUAAUGCAACAGUCAGAACUGGUUUGGUCUGAUCUUAAAUGGCUUUUAAAAACCUCCGCGCAGUCCUUCACCCCAAAAGACCUGCAUGAGUGGCGUGAUCCUCGCUCACAGUCAGACGUUUAAAGCAGAGUUUUAGCAGCGCAGGAACACACGGAUCAAUUUGUUAAGGACAGCAGUUGAGAGUAAUCUGAACAAACUCUGUUUGUCAAUUCCACUUCCUAACUGAAGCAUGUGACAAAAGAGUUUGCUAUCUCAGUGAAAAUGUGAAAAAAUAACCGUGUGAGUAAUUUCCCCAGUCUGUGUGUCUGUAGGAAAGUGUGGGUGUUGAGCUAUGCAAAGCUUCCUGCAAGUGGGAAAACACAGGGAGCACAUGGUGGCUGGCCAGUCUGUUGACUUCAGCUGAGAGCACUUCAACUCUGCUGAGGCCUGGAAACACACCAGCACACCUUUGUGACAUUGUCCUGUACGAUAUUGACAUCUGCUGGUGACUGAUUAUUUGAAACAAGUAGAAAUUUUUUUUAAAAAGAGCCUUUGUCUACCUUACUUUUGUUAACUUUGGAAGUAACACAUUUAGAGACAUAUUCUUAGAGCAUCGUUGCAGUAAGAAGGAAGUCUUGUAACAGCAACACCUCCUCGUUUCUUUGCAGAGGUGCUUCAGCAGGAAGGACUCAUUCUCAGACUCUUUCUCCCUCAGAAUAAUCCAACUUUUCUUUCACACGGCUCUCCCUCCCACUUUCCACACACAGCAAAAAACAGACACACACACACACACACACAUGAGAGGGAUAAAAAGCCUUUUUCUGUGCUGUGCGGCGGCCGGCAGCCUUGUGCCGAUGAUGACUACUGGAAUUUGUGCGGGUGCCAGCGCAGGCAUGGCCGCCCACGGGCAUCCAAAGACGGCCCAAAAGCCACAGGAACCACCAGCAGGCCUGCUGCCGCUCUCCUCCCUCCUUUCAUCCCUCCCUCCCUCCCCCUUGCUCCCCUCCUCAGUGGUACUACCAACACUGCUCCACAAUCCUGACAUGUGAUGGAGCUGGGAGAGCGUGGCUUCUUCAAACGCUCACAUCAGAGUCACACAUUCCUCUUUGGCUCGACCUGAAAAGUUUAUAUCGUAGGGCUGACUGUCCGCAGUCCUGCUGUGUGGGAAUUAGAGUUUAGAUCUAAAUAAAGUUGUUCAAACGUAAAUGUUUCAGUAGCGCUCAAAAUAUUCUUUUGUUUUUCUCUUUUCCAGACCGCUAUUUCGAGGAAACUCAGAUGUUGAUCAGCUGGGAAAGAUAUUUGAGUAAGUAUCACCUGUUUGCUUUCCUAUUACAGCUCCUUAAGCGGUGUAAAAUGUGUCGAUAAGUUGCUCUGUUGCUUCAGUGAAUGGAGAAACGGGACUCUAACCAUCUACUCAUUCUCUUACAGUGUUGUUGGGGUACCUUCAGCAGAAGACUGGCCCCAAGAAGUGGCCCUUCCACAGAGUGCCUUCACCCCCCGGCCCCCGAAGCCAAUAGAGGACUUAGUCCCAGACAUGGACGAGCAGGGACGGGCUCUUUUAAUGGUGGGUAGUUUGAACCUCCAUUCAGACAGCGCCCCGAUCAUCAUCUGUCACCAUACAAUCUCUUACCUUUUCUUUCUCUGCUUGUUUUCGUAGCAAUUCCUCGCCUUCAACCCCUCCAGGAGGAUAUCAGCCUUCGCAGCAUUAAGCCACCCGUAUUUUCAAAGCGUGGACAGCCUCAGUAGGAGUGUGUACGCGGCCCAACCAAUCCCUAGCAACAAGCCCACCAUGGAGGAAAGGAGCGCCUGAUCACCAUCUUUCACCUUAAAUCAUCCCAUGCAGUGUCUAUAAAGAGUAUUCCCAACGCCCUGUGGUGGUGGUGUUUUCCAUGUCUUGUUGUUUAUUAAGCUUCUUUGACACUGAUGAACAGAUAUCAAAGUGAAACAAACCUUAUGUCAGCGUUUGGUAGAGGCUGCAUGAACCAUGUUUAGUUAACCUGCAGCAGCUUUGCACAUAGUCUUUCUUGCAAAAAGCUAGCCUCAUGUCAAGUUGCAUUGUUGGCCUCACUGAACGACAGCUUCCACGCAGUCUUGAUUGAAUUGAGGUCUGGAUUGGCUUUGGAAAAGCCACUCCUCAACAUGGCAGCAGAUUUUUCCUUCACAUUCCUCUGUAAUUUUGUCACAUUUGUCACACAGGACUGCUCUCAAAGCUGCUACAUCUGCUGCUACAGAGUCUACUUUUAACCCUGAAUGUGUUCAGAUAAAUACAACUGAAAAGUCAUGAACGAUUUUGACUGUUUUUUUCACUUUGUCGGCCUUAAAGCUGGAAAAGUGCCCGUGCAGCAGUCUCUGUAGGCUCAGGCCCCCAGAAAGGGAACUCCAUUAUUUUACUUGAAGCCUUUUUGCUUUUGAUAACUUUAAUAACCGGUUAGUGAUUACUUUAGAGCAAGUCUGGUGUUUGGCCCUGCAGAUACAGAUACAUAACUGCCUAUUAAUCCAACUCUUUCAAAAGAUACAGGCUGGUUUAGAGAUAAAAUGUGCGUUACAGUUCGAAAGGGUAAAACUUAUCUGUGGAUGUGUUUUCCUUGAACCUUACAGAUAACUUUGGUUGAAUCGGUGUCAAAAAAAGCUUAAUCAACUGUGAGUGACCAUAAAAACAAACAUGAGACGCACCAAACGGGCAAAUUAUCUUUUUAUAGUCAACAUUCAAAGCUAGAGGAGCAAAAGAGAGGCUAGAAAAGGUGUCAAUAACAAGAUACCGAUGCUCUCAAUCCCCCGGAAAAUGCACAAAAGCUCUCCUUCCAUGAACUGAUGGAUUGUAAUUGCUGCUUUUAGGUUGUUGAAAGGUAAAGACUGACUGUAAACAAUGCAAAGAGACAUUGACUGCUAGAAUUGAGCAGGAGGCCAGUGACUGGUGUUCAGACCUGCAGGUGCCCUCUUUGCUUAGAGGGGAUCGGACCAUACUCAUGAGGAGCCUGCGUGAACAUCAUGGACCUUGCCUGCUUUUGUUGCAAACUGUAUGUGUGUGUUCGUGCAGCGAGCAGACCCACAGGAGUUGCCCGCUCACAGAUACGUGCGCCACAUUUAGCGUGUGCACCAUCACUGUCAGAAGCACACUCACGUAUACACCGUACUGAAACAUAAUUGGGCAUCAUAAGCCAGCCACUCACUGCCAUGUUGUGUCUUAUCAUUCCAGUUCUUUGUGUGUUUUAUAACUGCCACCUUGAGGUUGUCUUGAGUAACUGCAGACCAGUAGCGGGAUUCUAAUGGUUUCUGCACUCUUCAAGGGACUUUUGAUACCGGGCUGAUGUUAGUGCUGAGACAAUGAUGAAAAAAGCUUUUCUAGAAAUCCUUCCUGCCACUCACCCAGUUUUAUUUUCACUUCAUGUGGGCUUUUAUUGUUUUAAAUACAGUGAUUAUUUACUAUCCUAAUAAUACAGUAAUGCACAGGCUUGCAACGGGUGGAGAAAGUCCCCCCAGCACUAUUCCACAUUAAUACAACUGGCACAGAACAGUGUUGCCAAUAUUGUGUAUUUAAUUUUAAUUUUAUUGACAAGUCUUAUAUACUUGUUAUCAAGUUGUUACUUGAUUUUUAUAUUUUUAAAGAUGCUGGGGAAUUCAACAUUCCUACAACAAUUCCACCGACUCUAGAUGAUGUUAGAAGAUGUGUAAGAAAGUGAGGAAUGUAAAAAAAAAAAAAAAAGGAUAGGCUUUGGUACUGUACAGUAGAGAGUCCUGAGUUCAAGCUAUAAUGAUAGAAUAUUUUUGAUACGUGCAUCGUCAGCCUUUACACACGUUGUAAAAAUGGAUAGAGGUAGAGUAGUGUGGGUCAGAGGAACGUUGAAUGGCAAGAGUAAUUUGUCUUUUGGAAAUGUUAGGUGGGCUCUGUGGGUGCGUGUUGAAUUUAAUUUGCUUCGGAUUGAGAGUGACUACGAUUUUUACAGUAUUGCACAAAUAUUUUGUGUACAAUUUUUACGCUUUUAUUUUACAAUCAUGUCCCGUCGUAUUUAGUUAUAACCAGCACAGAGAGAGCAAGUUAUGCAGAGUUGUAUUUUUGUAUCUAGUAGUUCUUGCAGAACAGUAACAUAUUUUAACACUGGUUUACGUUUUUUCUUAACAGGUAGUGCUGCUAGCACACACACAGACACACACUCUGACUUUCUCAGGUUCUUUUUACAGACGUCCGAGACUUUCGGACACAGUUUGCACAUCUCUGGGCUACUAACUGACCACAUCACUACUCCUUCAGGUUUCCUUUCGAGCUGUUCUACGAUCAUAUCAAUGAUCCCAGUCUACUGUCAUUCCUAUUUAUCAACUUAUGUUACUGUAGUCAUUACUGUCUAAAGAUAACUGCCUGUAUUACUUGUUUUUGCCAGCUGCUUUUAAUUGUAAGGUGGCAAACACAGUAUAGAUCAUGUGUAAUUGUCUGCUUGACUUAGCACUGUGUGAAUUUUCCAUUUGAUAACUAAUGACUCAUACCUGGUGUCGGUGAUGCAUUCAAUGCAACAAAAGCUCCAUACACUCUUAACCUGGGGGGUUUACAGUGAAAUAACUUGUGAAGUUUCAUUACACUUGAUACAAUCACUGAACACUUCUGUCAUAAACUAACCAAGUUUAAAUGCAAAUCAAUCAUGAAAGAUAAAAACUGAAUUCAACUGUUAAACAAAUCCAACUCAAAUUACACAUCUUGCUAUUUCACAUUUGUUUUUAGCAAAUGGAAAUGGAUGCUAGAAAAACAAAAUCAUGGCAUUAUACUUCUGUAUGAUUGCUGGCAUUGGUGUCCUAUUAUUGUGUUACACCAAUUGAAUAAAACGCUUUUUGAGAAUGUU